ACAGAAUGUAGAAACCUGCCCAGCCAGUUGAAUGAAAGGCAUAUUAGGAUAUCCAUUGCACAUUGUAUAUAUCUGAGGUGUUGCUUAACGUGCAUUCAGUUCAGGAGCAGUUUCCCUAGGAUGGUCAAAUGUGUCUGCUGACAUUUUAGGAAGAAGACAUCUAUAAACAUUCCUCACCCCAGGCACUCAGUUAGCUGAUAUUUAAUCUGAUUGGUAAGUCUAUUCAUUAGAUGCCCCAGAUUUCGAUUUGCAUGUAUUCAUUACUUAUACAUGUUUGAUGGAACCAUUGUUAAAAUACUGUUUACUAUUAUUAUUAUUAUAAUGCUCUUUACUAAAAGAUAUAUGUGAGGUAAUUAUCCUAUAAUGUCAUUACCUAAAUAUAAGUAAAUGUAAAAAACAAGAAGUAAGUAAGAAAUACUAGAUGGACUUUUAAUUAAUUCUGUUUAAUCAUAAAUUGGAAAAUCACAAAUAGGUUGUCAAAGUACUAAGAUUAUUAUAUUGCUAUAUAAAUAUAUAAAUGUAUACAAAAUGUAAUGCAGGAUAUAUAAAUGGAUAGAUAGCUCUUUUGAGCAGUGUCCUCAUCAAUAUAUUGAUCCUGUAACAUUUUGUAAUUGUCUCAUUUAUUGUUAAAUGUCCCCCUUUAUUAUACUGUAAAGCACUGCGGAAUAAGUUGACGCUAUUUGAAUACCAAUAAUAAGCUAGAUAGGGUUUUGCACAACUGUACAUUUUUAAAAGUUGUAGGUAAACUACUCAGUGCUUUUUGUUACGAGAAAUAAGGUGACAUAGCCAGUUCAUUUAAGAAUUCUUAAUAGAAACAGUUCACAGUCAAGUAAUUGAUUAACCUCGAGAUUUCAGCAUUAUGUACACGGGCCUAAUAGAAAGGAAUGAGGACAGGUUAUAUCUUGCAUGUGUCCUGGAACAUUCCUCUGUUAGGUCAAUUGGAAUCUGCAUAUCAUGUUUUCAAAGUAUAUAUAAACAACACUCUGCUAUUCCUUUAUUGCAUUCUCUAGCACGCCACUGACUCCAGAAUUACACUAGAACACAUUUAUGCUAGUAUGCAUAGUAGUUUAAGGGAAAUUUUAAAAACUGCAAUCCAUAGAGGCACACGGAACAUUUUAAUAUGCAAUCUAUUUUUGAAGUGACACCACAGCACAAAAAUUUCAUCUAAUAGACCAGCAUUCAAAAAUAAUCUUGGUAUGUCUUGCAUGAUAACCCAUGCAUGGUCUACAAUUUCUCUAGAACACACAUAGUUACACUGACUUUCGUAAGAGACAGACCCUAAGAACCACUGUAAAACUGUAAACACCAGGGUCAUACUGAAUAUUCAAGUAGGUAGACUAUUAGUUUAAAGUGGCCCUCCAGGCACAAACUGUGAAUAUGAUAGAUCAUCGUUCAAAAUCAUCCUGAUAUUUUUUACAUGAUGUCUGAUGCAUGUUGUUUCACAAAUUGUCAAACUAUUUACUGUCCAGUUCCAAACCCUUGCUGUAAGAGAAUGUAUUGAGACAGAUAUAUUAAGUAAUGUACAGUACAACGUUUCUCGUGAACCUCUGUGCAGCAGUCUCUCAUUCGAGAGACCGAAGUGUAUCAGGUGUUCGUGGGAAACUUUGAAAAGGGUCUACAGGUACAAACAGAAAUGUAAAAUCCGUUGCAAAUCCUGAAUGAGAAUCACUACUAUAUGUGAAUGGAACAGCUGAAAUAAUUGUAGAUUAUGCUAGCUUUGGUGUAUGAAAAUUAUACUUUCAGUAAUGACAGAAGGCAAAUAUUUUGCUGCAUCCUGUUACGGAUAGACAUGUCUGUAGUUUAUUAAAAUUUUGUUCAGGCAUUAUAAUUCCACAAAGAACAUUAUGUAAAUUCAAAGAGAUGUGCUUUUAUUAAAUUAUUUGUAUUUGGGUAAUAACUGGAGAUAUUAUGUACAAGAAGGAAUUUAUCAAGGCAAAAACAAGUGCUAUUCUGAGGUAAAAUGCUAAGUAAGGACCAAUCAACUUGGAAACCAAAAUAAUGUUUCAACAUUUAGCACUUUGCACCCACAAUAGCCUUGAUAAAUCCCAUCCACACCCUUAGAUUUAUUAAAGGCUGACAAACAUUUUUAGCACGAGGUAAAAAAAAUGAGGUCAAAAUGGCAUUUACUAGUGUUCGUAUCUGGCAUCCAAAACUGUGCUAGUCAGUUGAAAAAUUCCCAUAGAGAAACAGAAAUAGGGACAGGGAGUGGUAUUUAUUAACAACUUAGAUACAUACGGCAGAAAUCUUACAAAGUAAGCUUAGGGCUGGCGUAUCUUUAUACCUGCCACUACACUAUAUGUGUGUGUGUGUGUGUGUGUAUGUAUAUGUGUAUGUAUAUGUAUUUAUAUAUGUGUGUGGGUGUGUGUAUGUAUAUGAAUAUAUAUAUAUGUGUGUGUGUGUAUAUAUAUAUAUAUGUAUGUGUAUGUAUAUAGGCAGUGGCGUACAUACCAGGGUCGCAGGGGGCCCGGCCGCCCCUGCGACCCGGUAUGUACGCCACUGGGCCAGCCUCUUCUCCUGGGGGGCCCAGGAGCCGACCACCCCAGGCCCCCCGAGGCUGGCCAGGCUGGCCCUGCUGACCCCGGCGGGUGGGCGGGCUGUCUGGGUGGCCGGCGCGCGAGGGAGCACUUUACACUCAGUGCUUCCUCUUCAGCUCCCUCGCGCACCGCACUGAUACCGGAGUCGGAAGAUGACGUCAUCUUCCGGCGCCGGCAUCCCUACGCGGCGCGCGAGGGAGCUGAAGAGGAAGCACUGAGUGUAAAGUGCUCCCUCGCGCGCCGGCCACCCAGACAGCCCGCCCACCCAGUGACCAGGAGCCCAGCAGCACCACUGGACCCCAGGGAAUCCCCCCAGCACUCCAAAAGGUAAGGAGGCUGGGGGGAUUACAUUUAAAAAAAAUUUUUUUGUGUGUUUGUGUUUUAGUGUAUGUGUGUGUAUGUGUGUUAGUGUAUGUGUGUUAGUGUGUGUGUAUUUGUGUGUGUUAGUGAGUGAGUGUGUCUGUGUGUGUGUCAGUGAGUGUUUCUGUUGUGUGUGUGUGUCUGCUAGUGAGUGUGUUACUGUGUGUGUUACUGAGUGUGUUUGAUGUCUGUUAGUGAGUGUGUGUUUGUCAGUGAAAGUGUAUGUUUUGUAAGUGAGUGUGUAUGUAUGUCUGUCACUGAGUGUGUCUCUGUCAGUAAAUGUGUGUCUGUUAGCUAGUGUGUAUGCGUCUGUUCGUGAGAGUGUGUGUGUGCCUUCAGCAUUUACCUUUCUCCAGCGUCGGACUCCCCAGUGUCCGCCUCUCAGCUCCGAAUGCACAUGCGCGGCAAGAGGCGCGCGCGCGCAUUUAAAUCGCCCAUAGGAAAGCAUUACUCAAUGCUUUCCUAUGGACAUUCAGUGUCUUCUCACUGUGAUUUUCACAGUGAGAAUCGCGGAAGCUCCUCUAGCAGCUGUCAAUGAGACAGCCACCAGAGGCUGGAUUAACCCUCAGUGAAACAUACCGUUUCUCUGAAACGGCUAUGUUUUCAGCUGCAGGGUUAAAACUAAAGGGACCUGGCACCCAGACCACUUCAUUGAGCUGAUGUAAUCUGGGUGUCUGUAGUGGUCCUUUAAGUGUGUGUGCAUACCGCGGUCGCAGGGUCGCAGCCCUGCAACCCCUGCGACCAGGGCCCGCCGCCAUGUGUCGCGGCCCCGACCCGCGCCGAGUAAGCAUGGGGGGGGGGGAGCCCUGGAUCAAUUUGAUCAACUGUGUCCAUGGCCACCUGAAGGGUGUCGGCAGCAUGGGGGGGAUAUGGCCUUUUGAAGCCUGUUUCCUAUGGAAGAGUAAAGGCCUAGACUUCCUCCAGAUUAUGCAUACCACCUAUUAUGCCUGACUCACUUGAGAUUUAGAGGCCCCUCAUGUUGCUGGCAUGCCCGGAGUGCAAAAUUUCCCCAACUGGGCGAAUGUCCUGACCCCAGCAUUCACGACUGAGCCUCAGUCGAUCCCAAAAAGCAGAGCAGGGAAAAUCAAAUGCUGUUAGGAAUUGUGAGGCUGGGUUGGAACCUCCUGCAUCAACAUAAUUGCUCUCCCAAGCUCAACAGCCCUCUUAAGUAAGUUGAGAGUGUGUGCACACUCAAAAGACUAGGACAAAAUCCUUUUCAAGGAAAACAAUGAUAAUUGCCAGGUUAACCAACACCAAAUCUACGUUAUUUCAUCUUGAUCUCUGGCGUCUAUUCCACCAUCAUCUGCCCAGUUCCCAGAGAUGUCUUAGAAGCAUCAUUUCUCAGUUGAGUCGUGCUUGCGCAUGCAUGCUCACACCAUUCAAGUUGGCUUUUUCACAUAAGCUGUGCAGUGAGAUGUAUGUACGUAGCACUGAUUCAACGCUGAUCCAUUGCUGCAACAUCAGUAAGAAGGGCGUAUGGAGUCUUGUGCUUGACCUUUAUCCAAGAAGCAAUCAAAUACAAUUUUUUGGGGUUUGGUUUCUAGGGCUAGCAAUAAGUGCAUACAUUUUACCUGAUAAAAUGAAGCAAAGGGAACACAUACAUUUUGUUAGAAUAAAAACACAUUACAAAAAGACACAUCCCUUAGUCAUGGAAAAGAUGUUAGUCUGUUUGAGAAGGGUCAAAUCAUUGGCAUGCAUCAAGCAGAGAAAACAUCUAAGGAGAUUUCAGAAACUACUAAAAUUGGGUUAAGAACUGUCCAACGCAUUAUUAAAAACUGGAACGAUAGUAGGGAACCACCAGUGAUGGGUGCAUUAGGGUAAGAAGAGAGGUAGAUAAAGUGAUGCACCCAUCAUGCCUAGUGCCUACUGUACAAGCCUGUGGGGGCAGUGCUAUGAUCUGGGGUUGCUGCAGUUGGUCAGAUCUAGGUUCAGCAACAUUAUGUGCCCAAAGAAUGAGGUCAGCUGACUACCUGAAAAUACGGAAUGACCAUGUUUUUCCAUCAAUGGAUUUUUUCUUCCCUGAUGGCAUGGGCAUAUUCUAAGAUGACAAUGACAGAAUUCAUCGGGCUCAAAUUGUGAAAGAGUGGUUCAGGGAGCAUGAGACAUCAUUUUCACACAUGGAUUGGCCACCACAGAGUCCAGACCAUAACCCCUUUGAGAAUCUUUGGGAUGUGCUGGAGAAGGCUUUGCGCAGUAGUCCGACUCUCCCAUCAUCAAUACAAGAUCUUGGUGAAAAAUUAAUGCAACACUGGAUGGAAAUAAAUCUUGUGACAUUGCAGAAGCGUAUUGAAACAAAGCCACAGCGAAUGCGUGCCGUAAUCAAAGCUAAAGGCGGUCCAACAAUAUAUUGGAGUCUGUGACCUAUAUUUUUUUUUUUUGGUGGCAACUUUUUUUUUUUGGCCAGGCAGUGUAUAUAUUCAUAUUCUAAGACCUAGGAAAUUAAUUCAAGCAGCCGGCAAAAGUCCUGUUUGUUUCCCGCCUUCUGCAUUGAUGCCCUCUAUAGCCAAGAUUUUGCUUUUUUUUCAUAGUGCUUUUCAUUAAUUAUUUUAUUGAGUACAAGUAACAAACCAUUCAGUUGGUCUAUGCCUUUGGAAUAGGUAGACAUGAAACUAGAAUUGUGGUGAAAGUGUGUUUAUUUGCGCAAACAAACUGCAAAUGUCAUUAUGCAAAGAAAAAAAGAGAGAGAAAAAAAAUCUAAAAAGACUACUACCCAUUGCAGCUUCCAACAUUUUCCCCUAAAACUUGUGCAUCUAUCUCCUGUAGUGUACAGUCUGUAGACACACAUUGCACGGUCAAUUGUUAGUGCUUUACAAUACGUAUAGAAUAUUAAAGGAACAGUAUAGUUCAAAUGUAUUUUUAUUUAUUUUUUACUUUUUGCCUGAUAAAUGCUUAGAUUUCCAGCUUGUAAAUAGUCUGCCAGCACACAUUCUGGAGUGUCCCUGUUGACUGUAAUGUCACAUAUCUGCAAUUUAGGCUGUGUACACAACAUGAAACCCACCCUCCUUGCACAACAGACUUGGGAAGCCAUCAAUGAAUAAAUGAGACAGUGUGUUACAUAAAGUGUCACUUUAUUACCAGGACUUUUUAUUCAUAAUAAAUAAAUGGGGAAAAGAAACAUUUAUAGUGUGCCUUUGGGGUACAUUUCAAAGUAUGGGACAUCAUCAACUAUAUAUGAAAAUGCAAAUCUGCCAGUCUCACUCAACCAAGACUGUGCCCAGCCCUGAAAAUUCUCAUUUUAGAGCCACGCAGACCAUUUUUGCAAAGUUUGGAUCUCUGUUCUGUCUACAACUCUCCUGCACAGUGCUGCUUUAAUAUUAUUUACAGAAUUAUAAUUCACUCAGUGGUAUUUCCAGCAGUGUCUGUGUUGUUAUAAUAUACUUAUGUGCUUUGCAUAUUGCUUUACAUUGGAGUUAUAUGAUCCUGCGGCGCACAGGUUUACCAUCUGUCGUGGGAAAGGUGCACUCAAUGCAUACUAUGAAACCUGUAAUGAAGGGAGUGUUGGGAAAGGGGGCAUGAGUCAGGGAGAUAAUAAUGGCACAAUUCUGCUGUCAGAGAGGUAUAAUUUUAUAGUAUUCCCACUAGACAUACAUUCCUGUUCUGAGGGUUUAAAGGCAUGUCAAGCCGCAGAUACUUACCACUGGGAAGUGGGCAAUACAAACUUAAAAGAAACAAAAAGUGUAAACUUAAUGGCCAGUUGAUUUAUUUUGGAGGAAAUAGAGCAGUAACAAUUCCCUUGUGGUCUCUGCCCAGGGAGGGGAAAGGAUAGGCAUGUUCUAGCUGGUAGUUCUUUAGAAGUUUAAUAAAAUUGGCUUGUCUUAUGUUAGAGAGAGUGUCUGCCCCCACAUGGAUGUGUAAGAGGAAUCAAAAUUCUCAGAGUGAAGGAGAAGGUACUGGUAAAGGUUUGAUAUCUAGCUUGGUGGUUUUGCAAUGUUACUUGUCAUCCUAAUUCAGAUGGCUUGGUCCAUUGUGUCACUGUCACUCCCGAUGACACCUUCCCUGCUUCAUAUGUAAAUAUUUUAAAAGAUACGUAAAAUUCUCUUCUGCAAUGUCUGUAAAGUCACAAGUAAAAGGAACACUAUAGUCACCAAAACAACUUUUGCUUAAUGAAGCAGUUUUUGUGUGUAGGUCAUGCCUCUGAAGUUUCAUUGAUUAACCCCUUAAGGAUGGAGCCAAAUGUACACGUUGUGAACGAAACAAAAUGUAAACAAAACCUGGCAUUUGCGCUACAUGUCUGUCCAACCGUAAUUCAACUCUUUCAUAGUAAAUACACCCACCCUUAUUAUAUAUAAUUUUAUUCAAGGGAAACAGGGCUUUCAUUUAAUAUCAAAUAUUUAGCUAUGAAACAUAAUUUUAUAUGAAAAAAAUGGGAGAAAAUAAGAUUUUUAAAAAAAAUUUUUUAGUUCUACAUGACAUUUUAACUGUCAAUGUCAUAAUACUGUUUGCUUUUACUGCAAUAAAAUACACAUAUUUGUAUUCAGCAAAGUCUCACGUGUAAAACAGUACCCCCUAUGUACAGGUUUUUAUGGCGUUUUGGGAAGUUACAGGGUCAAAUAUAGCACGUUACAUUUGAAAUUGAAAUUCGCCAGAUUGGUUACGUUGCCUUUGGGACUUUAUAGUAGCCCAGGAAUGAAAUUUACACCCACAAUGGCAUACCAUUUGCAAUAGUAGACAACCCAAGGUAUUGCAAAUGGGGUAUGUCCAAUCUUUUUUAGUAGCCAUUUGGUCACAAACACUGGCCAAAGCUAGCGUUAGUAUUUGUUUGUGUGAAAAAUGAAAAAACGCCAGUUUUGGCCAGUGUUUGUGACUAAGUGGCUACUAAAAAAGACUGGACAUACCCCAUUUAAAAUACCUUAGGUUGUCUACUAUUGCAAAUGGUAUGCCACCAUAGGGGUAAUUUUCAUUCUUGGGAUACCAUAGGGUCUCAAAGGCACCGUAACCAAUCUGGCGAAUUUUAAUGUGAAAAAAAUGAAAUGAAAGCCUUAUAUUUGAUGCUGUAACUUUUGAAAACACCAUAAAACCUGUACAUGAGGGGUACUGUUGUACUCGGGAGACUUCGCUGAACACAAAUAUUUGUGUUUCAAAACAGCAAAAAGUAUCACAGCAAUAAUAUCGUCCGUGUAAGUGCUGUUUGUGCAGGAAAAAUGCAAAAAAAUGCACUUUUACUGGCGAUAUCAUCGUUAUAAUACAUUUUACUGUUUUGAAACACUAAUAUUUGUGUUCAGCGAAGUCUCCCGAGUAGAACAGUACCCCCCAUGUACAGGUUUUAUGGUGUCUUGGAAAGUUAUAGGGUUAAAUAUAGUGCUAGCAAAUUAAAUUCCCUUUACUUUCGGCAUGGGUUGUCAGGCAGGUCCCGCUAAUUGUAAUUAAUUAAGAUACCUAAUUAUGUAAAAAUAAUUACAUAAAUAUAUAUGUAGAGUUAAUACAUGUGUAUAUAUAUACCUAUGUGAAUCUAUAUGUGUGUGUGUGUAUAUAUAUAUAUAUAUAUAUAUAAUAUAUAAUUUUUAAAAUAUUUUUAUUUAUAUAUAGGUAUAUAUAUAGUGAUAUAUACGUAUAUAUUUAUGUAUGUAGAUAUAUAUAUUAUUUUGUUCUACGUGUAUUUUGAUAUAAAUAUAUAUAUAUAUAUAUAUAUAUAUAUAUACAUAUAUAUAUAUAUAUAUAUAUAUAUAUAUAUAUAUAAAUAUCACAAUACAGUUACAACGAAAUAACACACAUCUAUAUAUUUUUUUAUUAUUGUUUAUUUUUUUAACAUAUUUACAUAUUUAAUUUUUUUAUAUUAUAUAUAAAUAUAUAUAUAACAAUAAUUAUAUAUAUAUAAAUAUUUAAUCAGUAUCAGUCUACGUGUAAUUUGAUAUUAAUAUAUAUAUAUAUAUAUAAUUAUAUAUAUAUAUAUAUAUAUAUAUUAAUAGUAAAAUACACCUAGACAGUGUUUGUGUGUGCAUGUAUACGUGUAUAUAUAUACUUAGAUCAUAAAUAUAUAUAAUUAUAUAUAUAUUAAUAGUAAAAUACACCUAGACAGUGUAUGUGUGUGUAUGUAUAUGUGUAUAUAUAUACUUAGAUCAUAAAUAUAUAUAUAAUAUAUAUAUGAUCUAAGUAUAUAUAUAUAUUUUUUUUUACACUUAAUUAAUUUAUUUUAAUUUUAUUUCCAGCCAGCAGGGGGACCACCUGUCAUUACAGGGAGCCCCCCUGCUGGCAAUACAGAAGCCAGCUAUAACGGCCAUGUGAUUGUGGGGUCCUCGCAAGGACCUCACUCUCACAUGGCCGGGGGGCACCGGAGGAGGAGGAUCUGCCGCGGGGGGGCUCCCUGGGAGUCCCCCCCACCGCGAUCGCCGGCGUGGCCGCCUAAAAUAGGGCGUAAUUGUACGCCAUCCGGUCUUAAGGGGUUAACUCACUGCUAUUUAGGAAUUAAAUCACUUUUGUUUGUAUUUAUGCAGCCCUAGCCUCACCUUCCCUGGCUGUGACUGACACAGCCUGCAUGAAAACAAUAUGAUUUAAUUUUCAUUCAAAUGUAACUUAUUUUAAAAGUUUUCAUCUCCACUUUUGUAAAUUAAACUUUAAUCACACACAGGAGGCUACUGCAGGGUCUAGCAAGCUAUUAACAGAGCAGGAGAUAAGUAAUUCUAACUAAAACAGAAUUUGCAAUAAAUGAAAUUUAAACAUUAGAUGACUUUUUACAGGAAAUGCCUAGGAAGAAUGUGUAAGUCACAUGCACUGAGGUGUCCUAGGGUUGCAUAAACAAAGUGAUUUAACUCCUUAAUGGCAAAGAAUUGAGCAAUUAGACUGCAGAGGCAUGAUCUAUACACCACAAAUGCUUCAUUAAGCUAAGGUUGUUUUGGUGACAAUAGUGUCCCUUUAAAUAUUAAAAUUUAUACAAAACAAAUAAUAAAUGUCACCCUAGAGAAGUGGUGGCACCAAGGGUAAGUUAUUUAGCUGUGUUCAUACUCAAAAGUGGACUCUGGUAACUAAAUCAGAGGUCUCACAUUCAUAUGUGUGGGAAAAUUGCUAUUUGCAAUUACAAGAGAUAAAAAUGUCACAUAUAACAAAACCUAACCCUGAUCGUGAUCUCAUUGUUAUUCUGUUUAUUUUUAUAUGUUGUUGACUUUUUUAGUGAUAUAUAUUUAUACAUCAUGUGGGUAGAAAUGUUGUGGAAUAUCCUACCGCAGCAGCAAGCAUGUUUAAACAUUCCCACAUAAUAUGAAAGUUAACGGCAAAACCUGCAUUAAGGCAAAUAAGGGCAAUCAAUGGGUUCAGGUGACAUUUAUAAAAGUGGUUUAUGUAUCCAGAACCUUUAGGUGGUAUUAUUUUCUUUUAAUACAUGAGUUACCAUUAUGUGCCCUCUCUCUUAAAUAUAUAACCUACUGCAUUAAAACACUGUGCCUACAGCAAUACCUCCACACUGUCACAAACUAUGUAAUUAUAGGUGUUAUUUCUCCCUCCAUAUUACAGGGAGCCUGGGUCAACUGUAUCAAAAUCAGUCCCUUGACUUUCAGGAUACCAUUUAAGGUUGCAACCCUGAUCAGCCCCACUUGCCAUCAAUGCCCCUGAGCACCUGACUGGCAUUGCUCGAAUACAAAGAAUCAGUCUAUUGAAUGCAUUUAUGAGUAAUGUGCGAGUCGCGCCAGAAAAUCCAGGAAUAAUCCAAUUUUGUUUGCUUGCAGGAUCGCCAGUUUAUGUAUCUUUUUUUCCCACACUUUUACUGCCUAGGUGUGUACAUUUACUCAUAUUCAUAUCAACAAGUUGUUCCAGUCUGUCCAGUAAUGCUCAGAGAUUGUGCGACAAAGAAAUUAAUACAUGAAUGGAUGGUGUGAAUUUUUUUGAAAAUUCACAUGACUGUAUUGAGAAGAGUCAGGUUCUUCUCUGUUUGUUUUAGGCUUUGUUUGUUGUCUGCAACUUCCUUGGGGUGCAGAGAACAGAAAGGUUAGUGGUUUAUGGAACGCACAAUGGGAUUUAUUAAUUUAGGUAUGUGAGGAAUGUUUCAUAAUAAGGUUUGAGAGAUCUCUCUUAUAACCAAACAAAAACACACUUUAAAGUGUUGGGAAAUUAAAUCUGAGGACGGGAUUACAGGAAACACAUUAUUAGAGACAGCUAUAAAGCCUUAUGCGUUAACCCUUUGAAGGCUGACUGGAAAUAAACAUUAUACUUUCUACCGAGUUGCUUAAAAACACAGAAAGCUCCAAAAAAAUAAAUUCUCUUUGAAAUUAGAACAAUUCAAACCUUAGUGAAUAACACCUCUAUAGCCCUGGAUACUUGGUCACUUGGCAAAGCAGAAGUAAAAGAAUUGUCUGUACCAGAAAAGGAAACCUGAAUUAACUUAUUGCUGCUCAAAAAUACUAAUGGGGGAGAGAUCACUUGUAAAUCAGUGUAAAACAUAUUUAUGACAGUGAAUUGCUUUUAAAAACUCAUCAAAUUGAAAUAAACUUUAAUACACUUUUAACAAGAUUUUAUCAAAUUAUUAAAAUAUAAAAACAAUUAUGUAUCAAAAAUAUACCAAUAAAUAAAAAAAAAUAUAUAUAUUUUUUAAAAAUAUUAAAUCACUUGAAAGCUUAUUCAAUGAUGUUUAAAUUGAAGUCACUGUAUAUAACAAAAAAUGUUCAAAUCUCAACUAACAGGAUCAUAUAUUGAUUCAACAACACACUUAAGAAAAUGAAAUCGGAAUGUGAACUUGAGGCUAAAAUAGUUUAUUUGGAAACAUGAACUUUGCUCUAGUCACAGCUUUUGUUCCACCUUCCAUUUUGCCAUUAUUAUUAUUAAUAAUUAAUUCUGUGUUUAGCAACUGAGCAGACAAAGUCUGCAAUUACAUUUCAUCUGAACAAUAAAUGUAGUAAACAUCACAAAAUAGCAAAGAAAACCAUUCAGAAAAUGUGUGAUUUUGGUGUUUUUUUGCUCACAUCCUAUCACAUGAAUUACUAACACGUUAUAUAUCAGCUUUGGGGAGGGGGGUGGAGAAAAGAAUAAAGCUAGUAGUGAUAAACUAGUCAAAGCAGGGUCCCUGCAUGCUGUGGCUGUUAGCGUGCACAAUAAUAAUGAGGAUGCUGAGGAUGCUGUGUACAGCCCAGUGUGUGUGUGUCCCAGCAGCACUAUUACAGAGAGCACAUGGAAGGGAAGUGUUUGUCGGCUCACACUUCCUGUUAGUUUGUAUUUCCCGCCCAGCAGCCGGGGAGUGAAUCAGAGAGCCGGCGGGUGGCCAGCUGGGUGCAGGGGGACAUGCUGUAUGUAUUUUGGGCUGAGGGAGACGGGAGUGCUCUGUAUCGUGAUGUAAAUGAGUGCCGAGUGGAUCCUCAGUGCUUGUUACUGACCUCUGUUAGUAUAGCACAGCAAAGCAUGCUGGUACUUGUAGUCCGCAGCGGGUGGAGUGCCAGAGCCUGGCCAGCCCUGAGUUAUAAAACAGGGGACGAGUCAUUGAAUUUACACUGUGCUGGGACAGCUUCAACGGGAGCUUUAAUGACACGUUCCCUGGAUUAUUAUUAUACUUUAUUUGUACAGGAUUAUACAGUACUGGGUGCUAGCUUCCUCUUUCAUGUCCUUUAUAAAAGAGUCAUUGCCACAACUAUUGGAUUUAAUUAAUCCCACUUAAUGAGCUGCUAACCAUUUAAUUUUCUCUUUCUAUGGGUUUAUAUAGAAGCCUUGCUGCUGUGUGCUUUUUACACUUUUUAAACUUACAUUGUUUUACAUGGUAUGGAUAAGUUUGGGUUAUGUAUAAGAAGUGAUAGGUUUGCUAUUAUUUUUGUGGAUAUGCUCUGUUUUGUUUUGUAUAAACCCAUUAUUCCACUACACAAUCAAUUUUUCUGCCACUUUUUUUAUUUUUAUUUAUUUUUUUUUGCUCCUUUUUUUUCCUGAUGAGUUUAUUCACAAUCUAAAUGUUCCGUUCCACAUUCCAACAUCACUUGUGCCAUUAUCAGAUUGAUGAAAUAGGCCCCAGUACCGUAAUCUAAACACUUGUGUUUAAUAGAUUACAGUCCUGACAUAGAGAACAAUAAAAAAAGGACACUAAGUGGCAGAACCACUAGAUCUUAAUGUAGUGGUUUUGGUGUAAAGAGGCUGUCAUUGCAACCUCAGCAAUACAAACACUGGAUUUUCUAAGAAAAGGCAGUGUUUACAUUGCUAUCUAGGGACACCUCUAGUGGCUGUCACACAGGCAGCCACUAUAUGCCUUUCCUGGUUAAAUGAUUACUAGCUUGUUCUAUAGUCUGUAUAAUUAGCAUGCUAUUUGUCAUUCCAGGCUUCAACCAUUUCCAUUAAGGAAUCCAUCGCUAUGUGAUUUGAGAAUUAUAAACCCACUCAGCAAGUGAUUCGUGGUUCCUUCAGGAUGAACAUCUCAAGUGGUAGCUGUUCUAGUCCAAGUUCAACUGAAAGUCUUCCUCCUGGGGAUCUUUUCAAGGACCUGUGGUCCAAAUUGAAGGAAUGUCAUGAUAAGGAACUACAAGGUAUUGUGCCUUUACAUGAACCAAGUGACAUAUUCCACUAUUUAUUUUUACGUUAUAGAGAUAUAUUGUUUUGAAAGGACGUGGACCUUUCUCAUUUCGAGAAUAUGGUCUCAUGAGGGUAUUUGAAGUCCUUAACCCCCCCCAAUUUAUCUCAUUAUAAAAUAUGCAUGAGUAUAAAACGUAUAUGGGGGGGUAGGGGUAGAGCCCUCUUGACGUUACAGAGAAGGGCAUGCCACUUGAAUACAUACAACUCUAUCAAACUGCCUUUAAAAUGAGGUUGAUACUUGGUUGGUGUGGAGUAUUUGCUCCUCUGUUUUAAUUUGUUGAGCUUAUUGCUACAGUUAUUUAACCCCUUAAGGACACAUGACAUGUGUGACAUGUCAUGAUUCCCUUUUAUUCCAGAAGUUUGGUCCAUAAGGGGUUAAAAAAACAAACUGUAUUGGCAUAGGCAAAACUGUAACUUCAACAUGGUAAUUAGUGCAAUGAGUGCUUGGAUGUGCAGCCAAAAUGUUUUUAGUUUGGCACACUCCCACAAGGCAUGUAGUACGUAUCUCUUGUACGAGUUGCAUCUCUAACAUCUAUCUGAGGAAGCUGGAAAUAUAUGGACUAGGCGGUGGGUGUCGGGUACCCGUGAUACCACAGUGUUAAACACUUUUAAGUUCCCAUCAUGGCUGUCACAGUUAUUAAAGACUUUGCAGUAAUUCAUGCUGGGUAAAAUAAUAAGCAAUGACUGCACCCAAACUAUGAGCGAUCAUACCAAAGAGCCCAUAUAUAUUUAAAGGAACACAAUAGGGUCAGGAACACAAACAUGUAUUCCUGACUCUAUAGUGUUAAAACCACCGUUUAGGUGGCUUGGUCCUCUAUCCGUCCCCUUGGUGACAUAUCAGGAUUUACGAUUUUUAGCCAAUCUAAUGCUUUUCCCAUAGUGAAAGCAUUUGAUUGGCUGAAAUUGGCAGGAUGGGGGUGGGACCAAGUGCUGUUCAGUGUAUCUCUAUGAGGAAAACUCUGCGUGGAGACACUAAACGGCUCCUGUUGUGCUAUCUGCUUCCAGCUUGGGCUAGCAAUACCGAUGACCGUUGACAACUUUAGACACAUAGUUACUACAACAUCUAUCAGUUUAAAAAAAAAAAAACAGUCCAUAUCAUCAAAAGACUGGGCAGAUAGAAAUCCUCUUUUUACAGCAAUUAUGUUCCACGUCCUGAGAGAGAAAUCCGGUUAUGUCCAUGCUUUUAAAUAUUCUGUUGCUAAAAAAAAAAUAAUACCAUUAAAUAACAAAUGUGUUAUGAAAAUGUUAAAGCUUGUUGAACCAGUUUAAGGAUAGAAAAAGACAACACACCUAUAAACCAGUUUUAUGUUCUUUGCAGCAAAUUUUAUUUUAGUUAUAUUUUAAAUGCUGUAUGAUAACAUGUUUACCAUAAUUACAGUCUAGGGUCAGGAAUUUAUUGGCAUGUGUGUAGGUAGUGGGUACCUUGUAGUGCGAAACCAAAAUCUCCUAUUCCAACCACGCUCUUGACAAUAAAAACCUGAGACAUACUUGUGGUAUAAAAUAGGCCACAGCUUUAUUUACACUUUAACAAAUAUCGUUAACCAUAACUUAACAUAUUAACAUAAUAUAUUUAACUUAACUCGUCCUUGCAAAUUCGUCCCACCGAUAAUCCUGAAUCCUCCUGGGGCCUGUCCUCCCCACCAACUGGCCCCCAACUUUGCCUUACCAUUUCACAAUGCCAACCACUAACUGGCCUUUGGCUCAGUGGGCACGUCUCUUUAUCAAAACCAUGUACCAGAGGUUAGGGGAGGGAUCAGCCCCGACCUUCCUUCUUCCCUAUGUGCUCCUGAUCCAAUCCGAUUGGCAAGUGUUCAAUAAAAACAUGGCAACAUUUCAUUCUUUGUGUGUUAUUAGUUUAAGCAGACUGUGAUUGUCUAUUGUUGUGACUUAGAUGAUGAUCAGAUCACAUUUUAUGACCAAUUUGUGCAGAAAUCCAUAUCAUUCCAAAGGGUUCACAUACUUUUUCUUGCAAGUGUGUGUGUGUGUGUGUGUAUAUAUAUAUAUAUAUAUAUAUAUAUAUAUAUAUAUACACACACACACAUACACACACACACACAGUGUGUGACAAAGGUUGCUACAUUGGAGAAACUGGCCUUAAAAUAUAUAUACAGUUUCUCCAAUGUAGCAACCUUUGUCACACACUGUGUCAUGUACACCGUGUGUGUGUGUGUGUGUGUGUAUCUCAAGAGGCAGCUGCCCUGGUGCUGCAGGUGCAAAGGGAAUGGCGUUCCUGCUUUGGAAAAAGUGCAGGAACUCCGUUCCCAUGUGUUCCUGCAGGACUCGAGCCCUGUGUAUGUUAAACAAAAAUAUGCACACCAGUGAAGCCAUAAGACUUGCUUUUCCCACAGAAAUCACAAAUUUGCAGUGAUAACCUUUUUGUUUUUUGCUUACCAAGCCUCAAUAGCAAACCCGUAACCAACCUCAUUCUGAUGAUUUGCAUUAACAAUGAAACAGCUGUCCAUGAGUGGUUCACUGGCUUUGCAUCUUUUACUAAGUUGUGUUUCCAAGCUGUUGUAUACAGCAAACACAGACUCAAAGGAAUCCAUGUUUAAAUUGGAAUGAGGCAAAAAUGUGAUUCUUUGUUAAACUAAUUUGUAUAUACCCACCCAGAAUCCUUUGCAGUAAUAACUAAAUAUAUAAAUAAAUGAAAACCAAGGAUGGCUAGGGCUGCUCUCGCCUGAACAUGCAUAUAUUAUAGGGUGCUGCUGGGGCCAAUUUAUACAACAUACACAAUCCAGCGAACUCUCAUAAGAGCAGGCAUUAGGCAGCUAGGGUAGGACCUGCCAAGAAUGGGGUACAUUGACGUUGUGGCAGGCUUAUGCAAUGUAUGAUCAUAUAGUGUAAUAACACCCCCCCCCUUUUUGCCUAGGUGAGGUGUUUUAAAAUGAAACCAUUAAAAACUGAUAUUUUUUUUUUAUUUUUAUUUUUUUAAAAAUUUUAUCGCUGUUUAGUGAAUGAGCAAGUGCGAUUGAUUGUGUUUUUUGUAUGUUAUAUUAUUUGUGGGGGGUGCGCGGGGGCUGUUCUGAUGUGCAGCUAAACAUUUCAUUAGACAGACUUGUAAAACUAAAUCCUCAUCUAAUGCACAUUCGAUGCCCAGCUGAGUUGUCAGAUUAGUUUUAAAAAGCGCAAUACUCACAUUGACAUUUUUUCCCCUCCUGUAAAAACAUUGUGAUUAUUAUUAAAAAAGUUUAAUUGAUUUUUCACUAUACCGUUACAAAAAGUUAAGUUGUUCCUAACAGUAUGUUACUGAAUUUUUGAAGGUUGAAAAUUCAGAUUAAGUCAGAACAUGUCCGCUAUAGAUUUGCAAAGGCAUAACUAAUCACAGAACAUAAUUUAAUGAGUUUUCCUAUGGGCUUGACAAAGACACUAUGUGAAGAUGCAUGGCUCUUAAAGAAUACCAUUUAUGGCAAAUCCAAAAGGGGUUUUUAUGCCAUCAACGGAACAAGUAAUUUAUUUUUUAUCUAUGCAGGUUAUUAAAAUAAAUAUAUAUUUGUGACACAAAGAACAUUUUUCAUGCUGAUGGUCCCAUAUUUGUUUAUAUAGAAGAUCAUGAGAUGCUUUGGUGGAUCGUUAUGAUAGCCUUCACAAAUUUGUAUUAAAGUAUUUUUCCAGUGUGUUUUUUUUAUUUUUUUUCCAAGACCUGAGGAUGCGCCUUUGUUUUGAUACUCUGUGUGUGUGUGUGUGUGUGUGUGUGUAUGUGUGUGUAUAUAUAUAUAUAUAUAUAUAUAUAUAUAUAUAUAUAUAUAUAUAUAUAUAUAUAUAUAUAUAUAUAUAUAUAUUUACAAUAAGUUAUUAAAAGGUUUAAGAAAUGGAGGAGAUAAAAAUGGCAUUUUUUUUUUUUUCUUGUAAUGAUUUAAACACUGUUUUAUUUCAAGAACAAAAUAGGCUAAUUUACUUGUCCUCAUGGUUUUAAAUAUCUAUGAUUCUUAUAUAUGAAAAUAAGUCCAUGGUACAAGGAGUGAAUGAAGCUUUUAAUACUAAAAAUGUGAAAGUUCAUUAUGAAAGUUUAAAAUUGCUACACAAAAGUAUAUAUUUGUGUAAAAAAAAAAAAAAAAUCCCAGGAUAUUUACAAUGUGGCAUUUGUUUGGUGUGUGUGUUUGUGGUCCCCUCAAACAUAUAUGUGCAAACGUUAUUUUCACUAUUACUACAGUAUGCUUAAUGUGGGCUAUUGCAGAAAAUGAAAAAUCGCAAUGGUAUUGAUUUUAUACGGUCAAAUUUUAUAGAUGACCUUUUUGGAAUUCAGACUUUGCAGUUUCGAGAGAUUGAUAUACUGGGCCUAUCACACAUUUGGGUUUUCUUUAGCUCCAAACAGUUUACCAGGAUUGGGCCCUUCAGGGGGACCCAGAUAUUGGCCGAUCAUAAUGGUCAAAUAAUGGCUGUUGGUACCUUGUGUAUCAUUCAUCCCUGAGGGGUUGAUGUUUCACACCUCAUAUUUUCAGGGAUUUUGCAGUGACAGUGACAAAAGAAGUAUUCUUAGUCACUAUAAUAAAAUAAAUGGACACUUUGGAAAACUGUCACUCAAAAUUGAAUUCAACACUCCUAAUAUUCCAGUCACUAAUAGGUGUGAACAGGAGGGCUCCUGUUCCUACCUGCAUGGAUGUGCAGACUCAUUCCUCCUUCUCAUGGGUGUGGAGCAGCAUUACACAUGUAUUUCAUCUUUGAGAGACCCUGUGCUAUCUUUAUAUAAAAUGAUUUAGCAAAAUUUGUAAAAGUUCCUAUGCUCGCUUACGUUAUUUUGUAAAGUAGUCUACAAUUAAGCUAGCCAAACUUUAAUAUUUUCUAGGGCUUGUGAAAGACUAGACACUAUUUAAAGAUUGUUACUACAGAGUAUUUUUUUUUUUUUAUAGAAUUCUGGAGAAACCUUUCCUAGUUCUACUGUAUUCUAAAUUCUCUAAAUGUCAGCGUGCAUUGUAUUGCAUUGCUUCUCGCUACAGUUAGUUCACGUAAGUAAACGAGUGCUCAACACAUGUUCUGUGGGCCAAUUGUAGCCCACCAGACCCAUUAGUGUAGUCUGUGAAAAGCUUUUCAGAUAAAACAAGAACAUGAAGUUCCAACUUCAAGACCAGAUUUUAGUUUUUUCCCAAAGCAUGCACAGACUGCAAUAUCUCCACUCCAGGCCAAGUUCCAAAAGCGUUUUCCACACUCAAGAAAGGACAGUGAAAGAGGUAACUAACUCUUGCUCUGUGAAAGUCCUCCUAAUGAAAAUCAUUGACCUUCAAUGUGGAAAUCAAAAUUAAUGUAGACUCUCCUAGAAUUUUACCAAAAGUAUGUAGAAAAGGGGAAUAUUGUCAAUAUUAUAAUAUAUGUGUGUGUGUGGUAAGAAAAUGUCUCCCCUCGGAAGCAGGUACUUAUAUAUUUUUCAGAAUGAUGCACUCAAAGUCAAAACUAAGGACAAAAAAAGAUACUGAUUGUCAUCUGGAGCACUGCCUCUGAUUAGCUGCACCAAAAAGAAUUCUGAAUAUUGAACUAUUGGUUAAAAAUAAAUAAAUCGCAGUCCAUGUUCUCAUUAAUUAAAGGGAAUCUACAAAGCAGUUUUCCUGGCACUAUAGAGUCCUACAGUGACCCCCUCCCGCUGCGCUGAGUCCUUAUGCAGUGUUUGAGAACGUCCAGCUUCAAAUACUGGAUCAGAGGUCCGUUGCAAUUCAGGCAGUCUAGUGACUGUCUGGUAGACAGCUGUAGCAGACUCUCUUCCCUUGUGUUCAGUUGUCCGUACCCCCUUGUUCGUCUCCCAAAUGACUGGUGUGUGGUCCCCUUGUUAUGCCCCAGCGAACACAGACCUUCGCUGGCUGUUGACCACAAAUUAACAACUUGACACCUUCAUUUGAGUGCUUUCCAAUGGUGACUCUCGAACACAGGCACAUGGUCGUCAUACGCCUGGCAGUGGUUUCAGCCAUGCGAGUCAGCAAACCCCGGUGACCUUCUUACUGCUGCCUGGUGCAACUUCCCGACCAUCUAGACGAACAACGUUCGGGAGAUACAAUCUACAAACUGGGGUGAGCGUUCGUUGGUGUCCGAAAGCCGGUCAAAACUUUAUUUGUACAGAACUUUCGUUCUACUGAACCAACCUGAGCGCUUCUUGGAUAUGUUGUGUGCUCAGGUUGGGGCUAUUCAGGAAUAUGAUUUUUGUGGGGUUCCUGUAUUCUUUUUGUGUAUUUUUGGGGUAUUUUAAAAAUGUACGUUUCUGUAUUUGAGAGAUAAUUUAGUUAUCCUAAUUUGAGCUCAAUUAUCUCUCAAACACAAAGGCUCUUGGGAAGAAACCCCAUGGUAGGGGCCAGCACAUAAAAGCCGUGUGUGGCAGAAUAAACUUCCGUUGUACUCCCAGAACACUGUGUCGUCCAGUUACUGUGAAGGAGGUGGGCUAUUUACUUGGCAAUUUCUUGGUCCCAAUUUCUACUAUUGGCAAUGCAACGGAGGAAAGUCCUGGGCAGGACUAGGGCUCCGAUACAAAAGCCACUAGAGGUGGAGUUAACCCUCAAACUGCAAUAAUUACCACUGUAAGGUUAAGGGAAAUUGAACAUUGCACCCAGACCAUUUAAAUAAACUGAAGUGGUCUGGGCGCUUAGUGUCCCUUUAACACUAUAUUAUUCCUUUCAUUGCUGUGGUAUAGCCCGUGAAAUGUACUAUAUUUGAAGCAAAAUGUUGAUUACUGAUUGAUAAAUCACUUGGAAUAUUUUAUGAUUAUCCCAUACUAAAAAAUUUACAAUUUAGUAUAGGUUUGAACGCUUUCAAAUGAAGCAGUGUGACUGGCCCACCCUAAAAUACAUUCCAGAAGCCAACCAGUAAGGUUUCAAGUAGCGUAAACUAUAACUGACAAUUCAACAUGGUGAUUUGGCAUUUUAUAUCAUCUCAUACUUGUCACUGUUAUUGGCCAGAAGUAAGAGGGUUGCAUAAUGUACAGACAUGCUGUCACUGUCUGGUCUGAUUUAAUUUGCCUAUAAGCAAUUAUUAGCUAUUUGAGGCUCUAACCUGAUGAUUAUGUUUGCUGUCAUAUCUUCUAGAAACAUGUGCUUAAGUCCCCAGCUCAAAGAUUUUACAAAAUAAACUGGUGUUGACAAUCUCUUGUUGACUUGAUGGCAUCAUAUGAGACAAAAAUGUUAUGGCUUAAAGGAACACAAACAUGUAUUCCUGACCCUAUAGUGUUUAACCCACCAUUUAGAUGGCUUGCCCCCCCUAUAAAAGUUUAAAACUCACCUUAUUUCCAGCGAAGAGCAGGUCCUCCGGUGCUGGCUCCACCCCCUUUGUGACAUAAUCAAAAUGGCCGAUUUUUACCCAAUCCAAUGCUUUCCCUAUGGGAAAGCAUUGGAUUGGCUAAAAUCGUCACGGGCUAGGGUCAAAUUCCGUGUUGGCCACUCACGACCUACUCGUAGAGAUGCACUGAAUCAAUGCAUCUCUAUGAGGAAAAUUCAGCGUCUCCAUGCAGAGCGUGGGGGACGCUGAACUGCAGUGCUGCUUUUUCGGCAGCACUGACUCAGGAAGCACCUCCAGUGGCCAUUUGGAGGUGUCUUUAGAGGCAAUGUAAACACUGCCUUUUCCUCUGACUAGAAAAAGGCAGUGUUUACAUGGGUGGGGAAAAAAUCCUGGGAACGAUUAUACUCACCAGGACUACAUUAAGUUGUAGUUGUUCUGGUGACUAUAGUGUCUCUUUAAUUCCCUUUUGUACUUUAAAUAAAACAGAUCUGUAGGUAGCAGGUGCACAUGCAAAUUAAUACCUCAAAUUUUUUUUUUUUUCCUUUUUCAGAGCUGCUACUGAAAAUUAACAAAUUGAAAAAGCAAAGGUGCCUGUAAGUAUUUAUUUUGAUGACUGUUUUCAUAUAAAAUUCUUUUUGACAUAUUGAAAACCCUGAUAAACUAUAUUCAGACAUUCUGAUGACUCCCAAUGUCAACAUUGCUUACAUAAAUGGAGGACUGGGGGUAACUGUAUCUGCAGGUGAGGUUAAAGAUAGAUUGGGGCAGGUAGAUAUAGGAGCAGAACAGUCAUAUUAUCUAUUCCAGUAAUGGCUAACGUGUGGCUCUGUUGUGUAUCCCAAGAUGCUUAGUCAAAUGCCUUGCUUGCUUAGACCUGGCCUAAUUAGACAGGUAAUCCAUAAUGGUUACAUUAACUCCCCAAGCAUGAAACUAUUACAGUAUGCGUUUAGUGAUUUUUGGCGCAGCCUGUGACGACAUACCUGAGGUCUGUACUGUAAUAGUUUUGGUGCUUUGAUUCUUCCUUACAACGAUUGGCUAUAGUCUACCAACCAGCAUCGCAAAAGAUCCUUAUUGGUUGAGUUGGAUGAAAGAUCAAGGUGCAAUUCUGUAUUUAGUGAAUAACCCCCCAAGUUGUCCUAACAGUCAGACAUGUAUUUAUUUUAUAUUUUGGUGAAUGUAUUUUAUGCAUUUUGUAUGGUGGGAAAUUCAACUUGUAUGUGUGCUGUAUUAUUUGUUAAAGAUUGUUUAGUCUGAAAAAUGCGAUGCGCUUUGAUGCUGUAAAUCGACUGCAUUAAAGUAUUUCCUUUUCCUUGCUUUCUUUUUUCACACCAUGAAAGUGUAUUUUAUUUUUGCCAGCUUAGCUGCAGCGUCUGCGGUAAAGGAAUAUUCUCGGCAAGAAGCCUCAGCCCUGACUUAAUGCAUACCACACCAAAUGCCUUAAUUAUUGUUUGCUGGAGUCUCUCGACAAGCGCCCCAUUGUAGAUACAAUAACUGUAUAUAGGCAUUCUUGUUCUCCUUGACCCUGGCUGAAUACCUGAGGUUUAAUAUUUCUGAGCUGAUAACCAGCGUGACAAUGGACGCCUUAUGUUAUUCUACGGUUUCCCAUUGAAUCUAAUGAUCUCUGAGAGGCUGGGUCACAGACUGUGAUUGCCAGUGUAGCGUGGAGCCAGAUUGUCAGUCAUCUUACAUGAAGUGGCCCUCAGAUCCAAUUCUAACAUUCCUUUUGCCAACUUUCUCACGGUUUUUUACUUGAGCAAAAAAACAAAAAAUGUAUUGCCAAUUCUUUUAAUUAUUUUAAAAACUUCCAUGCUUUACAUAACGGGCAACUCUGCAUUUUUUUUUUUAUUUUUUUUUUAAAUUUUUAGUGUUAUUUUAAAAGUGUUUUUAUAAUAUAUUUUACCUUUUUAGAGCACUCGUUCAAGGUUGUAGCGUUUUAAAUUUUGGAUUCAAGCUAGAUUUCCCCAGUUAAGCUGUGCUUUUAUUUUACAAGCUAAGACUUAAUUUGCAAGCCACCAUGUUGGCAACGAACAUAUAAGAAUUUAACAUGGUUACCGCCGCUAAUCACUGUUGUUAGGAUCAGAUGUACUAGGAAAAUCCUCUAGUUCCUCUCAGAGGGAUUUUGGCAAAAAUAUGACUUGUCAAGAUUUCAAAAUGAAUUUAAGUCCGUUAUGGAUUAAGUUCAGUUAAUGUUGUCUGUCACCAAUUUAAACCCUGUGGUUUGUUUGUGUUUUUUUUUUUUUUUUUCUUUGUUUAGUGAUGCACAACGAUUGGAUGAAUUUUUUACUAAAAACAAGCAGCUUCGUGAACAGCAAAAGGGGCUUCAUGAUACCAUUAAGGUUUUAGAAGACCGGUAAGAGAAAAUUAAAUAUUCUAAAUAUUGCAGCCAUUGUCAUUAUGUUAAAAAUAUAUAGCUCACACUGUGCAGAAGAGAAUCAGUGUGGCUAAAGCUUAAAAUGGCACAGAACAUUGGAAUAGAAGAAUAUUCCAAAAGCAGACAUUUUAGAAGAAAAGUAAACCUAAAAAACGAAAAUGUUAGCAGAAUGUUAGUUGAUUAAAUGUACAUAGAUCAGAUUGAAUGAGAUCAUAUGAAUUGAGUGCUGCUGUUUGAAAAAAACCUAUUAAAGGAUCACUAUAGGGUCAGGAACACAAACAUGUAUUCCUGACCAUAUAGUGCAAAACCCAACAUUAAGGUGGCUUGCCCCCUUAAAAGCAUGAAAAACUCUCCUUAUUUCCAGCCCUGUGCGGGACUGCCUGCAUUGGCCCCGCCCCCUGGUGACAUCAUCAGAAUUGCCGAUUUUUAGCCAAUCAGCAUUGGAUUGGCUAAAAUCAGCAAGGGUGUGGGGCCAAAAGCCGUUUUUGCCAAUAAGCACCUCCUCAUAGAGAUGCCUUGUAUCAAUGCAUCUCUAUGAGGAAAAUUCAGCGUCCUCAUGCAGAGUGUGGGGUCACUGUACAGAAGAGCUGCCUACUGUGCAGCCCUGAGCCAGAAAGCCCCUCCAGUGGCCAUCUGAGGAGUGCCCACUUGGAGGUGUCCCUAAGGCAGUGUUUGCAUGAAAAUGCCUGAAGGCGAUGAUUACACUCACCAGAACAACUACAUUAAGCUGUAGUUGUUCUAGUGACUAUAGUGUCCCUUUAAGGAUUAGAGCUGUCCAUAUAUGGCCUUGUUCCAAGCACAGAUCUGUAGAGCCACAGUACAGCAGAAAGGGCUUUGGAAGUUCUGUAGUAUUUAAAAAGGCAGGAACAUGACUGCGUGGAGAUAGAUAGAGAUAGAUAGAAAUAUAUAUAUAUUUAAAAAAAUAAUUAUUUUCUCAUUGCUAGACUCCGUGCUGGUCUGUGUGACCGAUGUGCAGUAACUGAAGAACACAUGAGGAAGAAGCAGCAGGAAUUUGAAAAUAUCAGACAACAAAACCUAAAACUCAUCACAGAACUAAGUAAGUGUCUUUACAUGCAUACCCAUUGCAUCACGAUUUCCUUAUAUCUUUCCCCAUGCUGUUUAUUUCCUCAAACAAAUUUGCAUAGAGAUUUUAAGGAUUAGUGUAGACAUAAUGGCAAGCCCAUACAUUUAUUUUUUCUUAAUUUUUACAAUGUGAAUUUUUUGCUAAAUACUUCUAUCAAGUUCUGGGCAUCAUUUGAUAGGCUGAGCCGGGUUGGAUGACAUUGAUAACACAGAGGUGUUAAUUCUAAAUUGCAGCUAAUUUUUGGGCAAUCUCUGGGCACUGUGAAGAUGUCAAACCACUCUAAAUGUGUCGGCAUUAAAACUAAAUUAAAACUACAUGGCACCUGGCCGCUCUAGAUAACAUAACCCCUAAGUGAGCUGUAUUGUUUUUUGCUUAGUGUGUCUUUUUAAGAAAAUAUAGGUUUAUCUACUUACUUUAUUUUGCACAUACGGAAUAGUCUGAAAUUAAUUGCAUAGAACCUAUACUUCUUUUAGAUGCUGAAUUCUUUCAUUUACAUUUUAAAAAAGGUAUGCAUUCAUUUUUUUAGAUUUCAGAACUGUACAUACGCAAACAAUUACCCAAAACAUAUGGAGGAGCCUGCAAAGCCUCUUUUAUUUGAAACUGCCUUUGCAAUGGGCAUUUGUUUGCUGUUAGAGAGGGAGAGGGUUGCAGUUUGUGUGCAAUAUUUAUAUGUAUCUAUGCUUUUGGAGUUAAGAGUACAUUUUUAGUAGUAAGGCAGUCGCAGCCAUUAUCCUUCGUCAUCACAGUUGUUCAUCUUUUGUUACAGUGAAUGAGAGGAAUACUCUUCAGGAUGAAAAUAAAAGGCUUUCAGAACAGCUUCAACAAAUUCAAAAGUCAGAGUGAGUAAAAUGCCUAAAUUAUUUAUUUUAAUUUGAUGAAAGCAUCAUUUUGUCUAAUAGCUCUCAAAUGAAAUAAUAAAAAAUUAUUUGCUUAAUGUUUCAGUAGCUACAUUUCCCUAUUUUUUUAUGGCGAUUCACCUCACUUAUCUAGUGGCCAGACCUGGCUUUAAUCUGACCACUAUAAAACAAUCAUGACUGGGUUGUUUCAGGCACAUAGACCUAUUUACUCGUGGUCACCUCAGAAGAAACCUUCAAGAGAUAUUAUCUGCUGCUUGGCCAACUCCUCUUAAAGAGGACAGUCUGCAAGCAACAUGACAGCUGGAACUGGUAUUCGAGGUGCAACAAAUUGAGAUCUUUCAAGACCUGCACUUACCAUUUUAAUUAAUCAUAUGAUCAAGUAAAAGGCGUAUCAAGCCCAUACAAAGUGACAGUUUCCAUAGUGAUAGUAACCUUAGUUAUUUAAACAAUAACAAAGUGCAGUGUGCUUAACAACAACAUCACUGAGUACACUUUUUUCCAAGAAAAUGUUACUCAGUGAUGUUGUUUAGCACACCGCACUUUAUUGUUGUUUACAUAACUGGUUAUUAUCACUAUGGAAACUCACUUUGUAUAUAAGCCAAAUAUAUCGAAACCUACAAUAAUUUAAGCCUGUAACCCAGCUAUACAUGACGGGAAACUGCAGAUCGAAAGAUCCCUUUGGGUAUGCACUAAAUCCUGGCACGAGAAGAUUUGCCUCUGAGGCCUACUUGCGGGCUCUGGGCGCAGGAGGCGGCUGAUCCUCUGCUCACAUCUGCGCCUGUUGAACCAGUGCCCUGUUCUCCCCUCCCCCACCUGGGCCGGCGGGGGAUAUCCCGGUCCACACUGAAGUCUACUGUGCUACUCCUGCUGCACUUACCCCCAGAUCAGCACCCUGACGCCUAAUCUUAAGCAAGCUGGCGGAUGCCCCUCAUGCUGGAACAUACCUUGCAACGUCUAGACAAGAUUUUCCAGAGUUUUUGGCUUAAGCUACGCCAGUGCAACCACAACAGAGACACACUGCACCGGAGAAGGUGAUAACCCCCCUCAAUGCACAAGUCUGCAAGCUCACCCUGUUGCCUGCCCUCCUGGACCGAGAACCUCACAGGGCACUGCUUCCAAGCACUGACGGCGCAAGCCACAGAUUGUCCGCCAACUGAGGUAUUCUCCGCCUGGACCCUCUUGCUGCACCCCACAGCAGAAGUCCAAGACUCCGGCAGUGACCAAAACCUCAAGAUGGCAGUGGAGUGCAGAGCAACGCAUGUGGCGGAGAGAGCCAUGCCGGCGGCUCGUGAGAGGUGCAGUGAGCGGGCCAGCAGUGGAACAGGGUAUACACAUGAUCAGCAGAGAGAGACUCAAGAAAGACUCAGCCAGAAGGAGGCAGAAGGAACCCAGAAAAAUGCCCUACCGUGUGGGCACUGUAUUGACAACUUCCCUGCUGCGGAGCCUACUGACUCACCCCAUUAUCUGGGACUGCACUCUACCUUUGGCAGGCAUCGGCUGAAUAGAUAGAAAGACGCUCAGCUCACCCUCUCAUCACAUCCAGCCAGGCUGUUCCAUGGUGGAGAUAUGGUGCACUCACACCGUAGUUUAAUUCUGUCAUUGUUUAUACCUGCACAUACUUCGGGCUUCAAAUGUCCUUGUAUUAAUGCUCUGGACAACGGUGCAACACCAUUUUCAGCAUAGCCUACUUUGUAUCAUAAUUUAAUUCCUACCUAACCAUAACUGUCAUAUAACAUGUCUUCAUAGAUCAGUAUUAAGCACCUUGUCCUAGCUCAAUCGCAUACCUACAAGCUCAAAAUGUCAUUAGCAUGUCAUCAUUUAUAUGUCUAGAUACUACUGCAAUGAUAAGCUAUAGUAUAAGCUAGGUCUGGAUAUGCACACUCAACAUGUACGUUUUAACAGUUACAUACGUUCACGCAGAAUUUCAGCAUGUUUCUUAUCUUUACGCAUGUUUAUUAUGAUAUACAAUCGUGCACGUUCACUCGACUACCCCAAAUGUAAAGCUUGAUAUGCUAGAGGAAAGCCGUUGGGGUACCUUUGGCCUGCAUGUACCUAUCUUAUGUACAGCAAAAAUAUUGAAAAAAAUUAAAAGUUUUUAUUUUAUGUGUGGUUUGAGGAGGAGUUCACAUUGCUUGAUAAAGACACAGUCAAAAUAAAGGGAUAUCAUCUUUUCACAAUAAGAAGUGCUUAAUAAGAAAAAUAAAAGUGAGUGCUCUCUUAUACCAUUUGUUAUUUAUAAGACAUGGGUAGAGAGUGGCAGAACAAUUAAAAUAUUACAACACCUUUAAAGUUUAUAAAAAUAAAUUUAAUAAAAAGCCUAUUCAAAUAUAUUAAAUUUUGUCCUAUAUUGAAUUUUGGUUGGUGAAAGACUGGCGUGCCAAGAAAUUUGGCAAGAGAAAACUACAGGCAGAACAAGCAAAACCGUCUGUGAUGUGUUAACGUUCUAAUGACAUGAGACAACGAAAAGGUAUAGGGCAGAAGGUGAUUUAUUUUGCUUCCCUGUUAUUGAAGUAGUCCGUUCCCACGGGGUGAUAUUUUAGCAUAGUUCAGGAGCAAUAGUUUGGUAUAUAUGCAUCAUCAUAUUCACCUUUUUUGUUGGAUGGUGACUUCUGAAAAGCAAAACAAUCCCUUUCUGAUCCAGAACCUAGUUAUUCUUGGUAAUAUACAUAUGGUGCUCUAACAUUCUGUUUUAGGCAAACUUCAAAUCAAGAAUUACAUUCAGAUCCAGUGGACUGUGAGGAUGGCAUUAUUCCAGAUUCCCCAGUUGGUUCUUUUCCUCAGUCCAUGGUUAGCCGAAUGCGGAGGAGAAAAGAAAAUAGGCAUGUCCGGUACAAAGAGCAAACACAAGAGCCGGCAGCUCCUGAGUCUACCAAUAGUAAGUUGCAUAUACAUAAAUAUAUUAUUGUGUUGGCACUCUACUACAAGGUGGUGCAGGUAUUAGAGGUAACCCCCAUAAGGACCUCAAUAAUAUAUACAAAUUAACUAUUAAUACCGCACUCAAUCGCAUAUAGUAUGCGUAAACAAAAAUAAUAAUGAAUCUGUUGAAAUGCAAAAAUUCAUUUAUUGUACACUAAUAGAAAACCGAAAAAAAUAAAGAGGACCGAUAUUGACAAAUAUACGAAAUGGUGCACACUGUUAAUUUAUUCACUAUGCAAUAGUUAAUAGAGAAAAUUUCUCUCUCUUUCUCUUUCUCUUUCUCUCUUUCUUAAUGUUUUUAGCAUCUCUUAACAUACUUUCAACAUACCUCCCUUAUAAUUUGAAGCGACCUAGUUUUAAGCCUACUGUCCACACUCUUUCCAACUUCCCACCAGGUUUACAAACCUUUCCCUAUCCUACUACCCAUGAUUUCGCACCUGAUGGUUAAACUAAAGAGAGAAAAUCACAGUGAGAAGCGCUGAAGCGCCUUUAGCGGCUGUCAAUGAGACAGCCACUAGAGGCUGAAUUAACCCGUAGGUAAACAUAGCAGUUUCUAGUUUCUAUGUGGCUUUGUGAUGUAACUCAGUCUGUGACAUGUCACAGUGAUGUUUAUGAUGUCAUAAUCUGAGCUCUGUAUAUCAUACACAUAUCUGUGGAGGUCCAAACUAUAUUGUAAUCCUCUACUUUGCAUUUACCCAUUUACACCUACACAUUUCUCACUGCAUUCUUUUUUGGUUUGAUUGUUUUUAUCUCCUCUUUAACUUCUUUCUCAGGUGUGGCCAGUGCCCAUCUCAUCUCCUUAUUUUUGGAAGUUCCUUGUUUACCUCUAUUCAAUCCUGCUCUGCUCUGGAUAUGAUUACGGAUUCUUUAAAGGAACACUAUAUUGUCAGGCAUACAAACACGUAUUCCUGACACUAGUUUUGGAACAGCCUUUUAGGUCCGCCUCCUUAAUUGAGGUCAAACUUGAUGAUCUCAGCCAAUCCAAAGCUUUCCCAUAGGAAAUCUUGGGGAGGCUAUUGCACAUGCACAGCAAAAUGCUGAGCUGCAACAAUCAUAAUCUCCUCAUAGAGAUGCAUUGAAUUUAUCCAUCUCUGUGAGUUCAGCGCAGAGUGACUGAGUGACAGCCACUAGAUGUGUCUCUAAAAAGACAGUGUUUACAUUUAAAAACCUGCAGGGACAGGCAGUAGACACAAGAACCACUAUAUUAAGCUGUAAAAUAUUCUAUAUUUUGGAAAUGUUUCUUUCAUACAUUUACACAGAUGUGGUUGAGCUUUAGUGACUUGAUGAUAUGACAAUUAGCAUUGCAAGCUCUUUUCUUUUUCUGAGUUUCCAUGGGACAUGGGAUUGUUCCGGUCACUAUAGUGUCCCUUUAAUGCCUUUUAUAUACUGGUCUUUUUUAUGUUGAACAAAUUCAAUAAAGACUUAACUAAUUUUAAAAAAGGAAUGGCAUCCUGAAUAUUAUAUUUGUAUUUAAAACCCAACAAACAAUAUUCAUAAUGAAUAAUCUCUUUGAUCCUUAAGGACUUAUUUCCCUCUACAGUAGAUCAUCCUUGAGGAAUUCAAUAUUAAAUGUAGAUGUGGGCACUGGAGUUCUAUCUAGCUUGCAGGAAAAGUACUGGUGUUCACAUCAUGUUGGUAUGAUCUAGUCCCUUCGGUUUGCAGACUGUGUGCAGGGCCAGUUUUAUGGCUUAAGAUCAGUGUGGUUGAAACGGACCUCUAAAGUUGCUGUGAUCCCUUUAUUGAUAUUACCAAGCAGUGUGUGUGUGUGUGUGUGUGUGUGUGUGUGUGUGUGUGUGUGUGUGUGUAUACAUACGCAUACACACACACAUACACACAUUGCUUGGUAAUAUCAAUAAAGGGAUCACAGCAACUUUAGAGGUCCUUUCAACCACACUGAUCAUCCUUCUCUAAAGCACUCAUGAUAAGAAUAGAUGUGAUUGUAAGGCCAGUCGACGGGAUUGAUUAUAUUUAAAAGACAAUUUACAAUUCAAAUUAACUAUUUUAUUCCAUGGAAAAGAGUGUCUAUUUUUAAUUUGUUUUGCAUCCCAGUGUACUUUUUGAAGGACUAGGGCGGAUGUCUUUCUAGUAUAUGAUUGAGUCAUAUCUAAAUCAAAACAACCGAUACACUAGCUGUGCUUCCAGGAUUUGAGAAUCAAAGACGAUCCUUGAAGGGGUAUCAUUCACAACAUGGGAGCUAUGAGAUUAAAUAUACUCAAACAUUCUAUCUAGGAGAAUGAAAUGGGUAUAAAUUAUGGUUAUAUCUCUGUUUUGACAUUAUUAAAAGUGGUCUGUAUUUGGGAUCGGGUGCUAUGUCACAACAUGAAACCAGAACUGUAACACUGUACUCUGCUAUACUAAACGGCCAUCUCAUUCACCCUCAUAAAAUCAUAACUAGGGUUUUGUUAACCAAAUGAAAGUGACUGGUUGCCUGGGGGGUGUUAUUAACCCCUUAAGGACUGAGCCAAAUGUACACGUUGUGAUCAAAGCAAAACGUAAACAAAAACUUUAAUUUGCGCUACAUGUCUUUCCAGGCGUAAUUCACCUCUUUCAUAUUUUGUGCACCCACGCUUAUUAUAUAUCAUUUUAUUCAGGGAAAACAGGGCUUUCAUUUAACAUCAAAUAUUUAGGUAUGAAACAUAAUUUAAUAUAAAAAAAGGGAGAAAAUAAGAAUUUUAAGAAAUUUUUCGGUUCUAUGUGACAUUUUAACUGUGAAUGUCAUAUUGUUUGCUUUAACUGCAAUAAACUACACAUAUUUUUAUUCAGCAAAGUCUCACAUGUAAAACAGCAACCCCUAUGUACAGGUUUUUUGGUGUUUUGGGAAGUUACAGGGUCAAAUAUAACCUCUUAAAUUUUUCAGUUUUUUUCACAUUGAUAUUCGCCAGAUUGGUUAUGUUGCCUUUGAGACCGUAUGGUGAAUGUAUUGUGUUUAUAUAAUGCAGAGUGUGUGUGUGUGUGUUUGUAUAGUGUGCAUUAUAUAAACACACUGCAUUAUAUACACACGGCAGCAAGCGUUUACUUGCCUCCCAGCAGCUCCCCAGUGUAAGUAUUGCACCCAGCGUGCUGCGCGGAGCGUUGCCAUGGUAACCCGUGGCAACACUCUGACUGCCGCGGGUCUCGCGAGACUUACACUGGGGAGCUGGAGGAGCUGCUUGGAGGUAAGUAAACGCUUGCUGCGGACCCCCCAGGACCGCCGGGUUUGUAAUGAGACUGGCGGUCCAAGGAGGUAUUAUCGGUAUCUCUAUUGGCUGAUACCGAUAUUGCCGAAAAUACAGAAUAUCGGCCGACUAUAUCGGUAAAACCGAUAAUCGGUCGAUACCCUACAAGGUAACCAAUCUGGCAAAUUUCAAUGUGAAAAACCUGUAAUGGAGGCCUUAUAUUUGACUCUGUAACUUUUGAAAACACCGUAAAACCUAGACAUGAGGGGUACUGUUAUCCUCGGGAGACUUCGCUAAACACAAAUAUUUGUGUUUCAAAACGAUAUCAUCAGUGUAAGUGCCAAUUGUGUGUGAAAAAUGCAAAAAAAGACACUUUCACUGACGAUAUCAUCGUUGUAAUACAUGUUACUGUUUUGAAACACUAAUAUUUGUGUUCAGCGAAGUCUUUAGAGUAAAACAGUACCCCCCAUGUACAAGUUUUAUGGUGUCUUGGUAAGUUACAGGGUUAAAUAUAAUGCUAGCAAAUUAAAUUCCCUGGACUUUUGGCUUGGGUUGUCAGACAGGUCCCGCAAAUUGUAAUUAAUAAAAUGACCUAAUUAUGUAAAAUUAUUACGUAAAUAUGUACAUAGAAUUAGUGUGUGUAUGUAUAUGUGUGUGUGUGUCCUUGCAAGGACCUUGCGAUCACAUGGCCCAGGGGGGCCGGAACGGAAGGAGGGUGACUCCCUGGGAUGCCAGUUGAGUCGCCACACCGCAAUCGUCGGCGACCAGGUAACUACAGAGGACAGCGGGGGCGUGCUAUGCCACCCCCGGUAUUUAGAGCCAGGUCCCUAAGGACGGCAUAGUACGCCCACUGUCCUUAAGGGGUUAAAACGUCCCUGUCAUGACAUCAGUUUGUUUGGUGGGUUUUUUUUUGUUUGUUUUUUUUUUUUUUGUUAAACUCCCCUCCUGACUCCUACAUUUGAUUGUCCCCCUAGUCACAAGACAAGGGGAUAUGGUAGAAACAUUUAAAUACGUAAAGGCAGGCAACACCGUAAAGGAGGAGAGUAUAUUUAAAAGAAGAAAAACUACCACAACAAGAGGACAUAGUCUUAAAUUAAUGGGGCAAAGGUUUAAAAAUAAUAGCAGGAUGUAUUACUUUAGAAUAGUGGAUGCAUGGAAUAGCCUUCCAGCUGAAGUGGUAGAGGUUAACACAGUAAAAGGAGUUUAAGCAUGCGUGGGAUAGGCAUAAGGCUCUCCUAGCUAUAAUAUAAGACCAGGGACUAAUGAAAGUAUUUAGAAAAUUGAGCAGACUGGAUGGGCAUAAUGGUCAUUGUAAUAUUCAUUUAAAUAUAAAAUAUAUUUUAUACAAAGAGAAACACACAAAUAAGUCAGCGCUACUGACAAACAUCAGCCCUAAGAAAGGGAAUCCCUCCUCACCCUUUAAAAGAAUCAACAAGAACACAAAAAAAAGUAGAGGAAGGGCUGCACCAAAUUAGAAAAUUAAUUGAUUUACAAAACAGUAUAGAAUAUAAUUAAAUUGGUACUUUAAUUCUAUUCUAUACAGUUUUGUAAAUGAUCCAUUUUCUAAUUUGGCGCAGCCCAUUCUCGACUUUUAUUAUAUUUUAUAGUAAUAAAUAUUUAUGGGAACACUUUAGUGUUAGGAAUUCAAAGUUGUAUGCCUAACACGAACGUGUCCCUCUGCCCCGCAGACUCCUGCGCCAAUGACCCCUCCUCCUUUGCCGGCACCAACAGAUUGGGGGGGACAACACCUAAUGCUCAUGCGUGGCAUGCACGUAUUAAGCCAUCCCCAAAGGUGAAGAGUCACGUAAAACCUAUGAGGUUUUACUUGACGCUGGAUGUCUUAAUGCAAAGAGUGAGGACGUCCAGUAAAAGUCUGUGAAAGUACAGGUAACGCCUCUUAUGGCUGUCUAUAACCGCAAUGUUUUUUCCAUUGCAGAGGUAAGGGAGGCAGGGACAUUACACCCAGACCACUUCAAUGACAUAAAGUGGUCUUGAUGUCUAUAGUAGGCUUUCAUUUUUUUUUCCCUUCAUAUCUUAUCAACUGAAACCCAAAUUUCCUUCCUCAAAGAUGGCUGUUUUAAAUGGAUUAAAGUGGCAGCAUACUGAGCUGACCAUCCUUAAAUGAUGGGCAUGUUGCAUAGUACUUGUACAGCCAUAGCAGUCAUCUUUGUAUUUUUUAUUCUGGAGUGGAUUUCAGGGCCUCAGCACGGGAAGUGUAGCUCUGAAGCUAUUUAUUAAAUGAGAGAUAUAUAUAUAUAUAUAUAUAUAUAUAUAUAUAUAUAUAUAUAUAUAUAUAUAUAAUCUAUCACAAGAUCCAGCGCACUCACCUAUCCACUAAACAGCAACUUCAACGUUGAAAGAUUUUAUUAGUUUUUUUUUAAAAAAAACACCUAAUCUAGGCAAAAAUAAUGGGGGUUUAGUUACAUUAUAUGAUCAUACAUUGCAUAAGCCUGCCACAACGUCAAUGUACCCCAUCUUUGGCAGGUACUACACUAACAGCCUAAUGUCUGCUCUUAUGAGAUUAACCACUUACUUGAGGAAAAAAAUUCCAUCUGGGGCUCUCUGCAGUACAAGGCUAAAUAGGGCCCUGGGAUGAGGCACCUGUGACAGGGAGGGGUGCAAAACCAAGGAGUUGGCUAGACUCCCAAAUAUAUAUAAAUGAAACAAGGGGGGGUUGGCUGCACUCACCUGAACAUGCAUAAAUGGGGGUGCUGUUGGGAGCCAAAUAAUACAAAACACAAGAUCCAGCGCAGAUAUAUAUAUCUCAUACUCUGUUUGGAUAGUGCAAAGUACAGGUUGCAUUAGCAACACUAAUGAAAGAAUCUUUUUGAGGUUCCGAAGGGCAGAACAUCUGCAGCAAUAUAUUGCUGUAUAUUUUAACCAUAUAGUUUAGAUGACUCUCCAUAAUUAAUACAAGUCUGGAAGUGCUGUCUUGAAAUACUACUGGCAGGUGAGUUUUCAUAUUACUUGGAGGUAACAAAGCUUACUUGGUUUUUCUGGCCUUUCUCAAAAAGAAAAUCAUUUGAUUACAAGAUUAAGCAAAACGUUUACAUGAAUACUAAUUAUUACUGAACCUGUCCAAGUCUUGCUUUCUUGAUUGUAACACCUUUUAUUUUUUUUAUUUUAUUAGGCGCUCUGCACAGAUUACAUACCUCUACACAAGUACCUAGAAGAAAAGGAGAAGAAAUAUUGGUAGCUGAAACUUGUGACCUAGAAUUGUCCCCACUUGCAAGUAAGUGGAUGGCAGCUGUAACGAUGCAUGGUAUAUAUGCUAAUCUGGUAUUUAAUAUUCUGCCCAUUAUGAAACGAAAGCUUCAAUUGAUGUCAUAUACCCUUUCAAAAAGCAAGAUUCAGACUUCAGGGAUGACAUUGCAAUCAACCAUAAGUGGUAGUAAGUGAUGCCAGAACUCCCGUCUACACAGAGACUCCUUGCCACUAGUAUACUGAAAAGCAAAAACUAAAUUAUCAGUGUGGAGAAUUGCCCUUUAACAUAUGCACUACCCCAGUAUGGACUAUGCUGCUGUGGAUUUAUAAGGCUUAGUGAAACUAUAUGGGAAAGAAAGCAUGACUAGUAUAGAAUACUGGUUUUCACACCAGUAUUUGUGCUUGUUAAAAGUAACUAUAAUAUCUCUUCAUACUGCUCAGUUGGGGAUGCACAAUGACUGUCCGGAAGCUGCUACCUUAAAGGAUAGCAGCAUUUUGACUGGUCUCUUAUUCACCUGAUUUAAAUGUUGUUGUUUUUUCAGGAUUUUUGCCUUGUUGUUUUAACAGAUAAACCUGAGAUGGGUGACUUUCCAGCAGAGAAACCACUAUUCAACCUGGCAGCUGUUGUUGCAGAAACACUAGGACUUGACACUCAUGAAGAUCCUGUGAGUUGAAAUAAACUAUACUGAAUUCAUGUUAAACCUCUCUGGAACCCACUUGCAUAUAUGUCACAAAAAUCCUGUUAAAGGAUCACUAUAGCUAUAGGAAUAGAAGGCCUCCCUUGGGCGGCCCACCUCCCAAUUAAGGGUAAAAUAAAUCCUGUAAAACACCUGAUUCUAAAACACUUACCUGAUUCUAAAACACUUACCUGAUUUUCAAAAUUAGAAAAAAGAGUUCCAAAGCUAAUCGCUUACUGGUACCGGGUGUUUGUAAAUUGCACAUACAGUUUCCAUCAUAAAGUGUCCACGUCUUAUUCUGCACGUACAGUCAAUGCAGGGACCUCUACGGAGGACAGCUCCAAUUUUCAAAAAUAAAUAAAUAAAAUAGUACAUAGCAAAUGUUAUUGGGGAUCCAAACAAUGCUAUUUUAAAAAAAUGUUUCUUUACAUACUAGGCAACCAUAGUAAUGUUAAUUAUUUGACAAAAUAUUUUGCGUGAUUAAUGACUAGUUGUUUUAAUGCAUGUAGAACAUCACUUGUUUUUAGGACAUAUUAAUGAGUCUAAAUUCUGUCUUUUUUGUUUUUUGUUUUGUUUGUAACUCUGUUCAGUCCCAGAGUGUGUUAAAUCAUGACAGGACCAGUGCUAUGCCAGCACAGGAGCACUCUCCAAGACCGAUUGAACUUGAGUAAGUUUAACACACUAUUGGUACCUACAUACUUAUUAAUGAUUAUUAAUUACACAGGCCAAUUAAUAGGACCUAAUAUGUUCCUUCCUAUAACAAAUUUUUCUUUAUUAUAUGAUUUGGGCUCAGAUACAACAAAAGGCUAAUUAUAACAGAUCAAAGUAGCCAAUCUUACCCCCCACACCCAUUUUAUUGCUGUGAUGUUGCCUAAAAAGUGAGAAACUUUGCUGCGCUGGCUUUCCUUGAAUACUCAUUACUACUGGGUAGGGAGAAAAAAUUUUUUAAAUAAAUAAUUAAACUAACAUAAGUUAUACUGAUAGAUAAACAAAGAAUAAUAUCAUGACUUAAGCACUUUUCAUCAAAAUUCAAUUACCCUUGUCCUAUAUAUAAGAUAAACAUAUAUUAUGCAGAAUCACAUCUACACUUACAUGACCUCUACUAAAAGCACAUAUAAGAAAAAUAUAACUAAUCUUGACACAGUGUGACUCACUCAACAAUUGUUAAAUAAGUGUUCUUCAAAAUAUUGUCUGGAGAUUCUUAACUGGCAGAAAAACGAAGAGGAAGGAGGCUCUUAGUCCAGAUGAAUGAGUAAUUAAUACAUAACUUUUAAUAUUAUGGAGAAUGAAAAAGGUAUACAAGGUUGUUGUAUGACCACUAGGUGGAGAGAGGACUUAACCACACUAGGAAAUAAAAUCGAAAUACAAACUAAGUGAUACAUUUUCAAUAUAUACAGUGCUACAAAAGGGAAAAAUACAAAAUAUGUACAGAUACUAAAGUUUAGUCUGGGGUGUCAGUCCCCUAGUCGAAAACAGAGCUCAAUGGCAACAAUGUGGAGAAUAGUAUCCUUUGGACUAUCAGAGAAAAAUGUAGCUAAUAUUGAAGGUAUAUAACAUAGUGUACUAUGAAAACAGUUUGUUUCUGUUUUAACCGCUUCUAAGAGUGUGAGGAGUGAAGUCCAAAAAGGACUGUUAGUAAAGAGUAAAUAGAAGUAGUUAUGGUAAUUGUGAUAAAAAUGGCAUGCUGAAUAAUCACAAAGCUAAUCUGUGCCUUCGUGGGCACCGGUACUUUUAUCAUAAGGCUAGGUCUAGCUGUCUCUAGUUGGCCGCACCGAUUAUCAGAAUACCAGAGUUAAUUGUGUAAUAAACAAGGUGGAAAGUAAUUCUGCUCACAAAAGGCUAACUGAUCUGUGCCUUCAAUGGCACCUAUAUUUAGUGAUAGAUAGUGUUUAUUCAUCUAAUUCUGCUGAAAAGGUUUACUAAGCUAUUCCUUCAAGGUCACGUAUUGUCACGGCACAGCCCGAACCCUGCAGACCACAAGGCAUGACUGCCGCUUUAAGAGACCUGGCUGUUUUUGAACUCACAGCUCCAGCAUCCCAGUCAGGUUCUCUGCCAUGAUAUCCACCAGGGGGCUUCAGUUUGCAUUAUUCUGCUUCCUGACCCCUUGCCUGGAAUGAGCAGUACUGAUCCACCUGCUACCCUUUUCCAAUUAGGGUCAGCUGCAUCUAAUUAGCAAGCUGUAAAAGCCAGCCCUGCCUGCCAGCCCUGCCUGAAAAAUAGGUUCCAUCAGUCAGUAUGUAGCAGAACACCAAAAGAUCUAACCACCUCUUAACUGGCACCUUCCUACCCUUAUGGAUGGCACCUUUAUCCAGUUCUGCUUAGGUCAUUGUUUAUUCCAGUACAAUGUGUACAUAAAAUAAGGAGGACUGUAGAUAAAAGGUGCCUGCAAUACCAUAACUUUGUACAUAAAACCUUUUGGGAAGACAGAUGUGUUUUCUGAAAGCUUCAACCUCGGCUGUCUGUACAACAAUAUUAUUUGGAUUUCUACCAGUUUCACACAGUGAGCAUUCUUAUCUAUACAAUCAGAAUCUACUAAAUUUCUGGGUAUGUGGACCCUGUCCUCUCCUCCUAAGAUAGUGCAACUGCAAUGUAAAGUAGCACCCCAGGUAUUGAAAUUUCCUUUUAGAAAAAGACCAUGCCUCAUCCACUAAAUGUAACUGAUAACUGUGCAGAUUAGUACAUUACAACUUGCAAACUCACAUGAAUUGGAAUCCGUAGGCUCUAGGUGGACUUGUUGUGGUGUCAUUUGAAUAGGUGACACACAACCUUCUCACAAGACUGAUGACUGCUAAACCCCAAAGUAACUUAAAGGACCACUAUAGGCACCCAGACCAAAUUAAGUGGUCUGGGUGCCAGGUCCAUCUAGGAUUAACCCUUUCUGCUGUAAACCUAGCAGUUUCAGAGAAACUGCUAUGUUUACAAAUGGGUUAAUCCAGCCUCUAGUGGCUGUCUCAUUGACAGCCGCUAGAGGCGCUUCCGCGCUUCUCACUGUGAUUUUCAUGCGCAUUCAGCUGAUGGGGAAAGGAGGAAGAGAGUCCCCAGUGCCGAGGGAGCCCAGCGCUGGAAAAAAGGUAAGGGAUUAACCCCUUCCUCACCCUAGAGCCCGGCGGGAGGGGGGCCCAGAGGGUGAGGGGAACCCAAGGAACCUAUAGAGCCAGGAAAAAGUGUGUUUUCCUGGCACUAUAGUGGUCCUUUAAAAUUCAGUAUUUAUUACACUUUGCACUAUUUUGUCUUACAAUAUUAUUGACACCUUUUCUUUCUUUCUUCCUUCCUCUUAUUUUAAGUAUGAAAUGUACACGUGCAUUUAAAUUAUUCCGUAUACUAGUGUCUUAUUGCACAUACUGGUCUAUAUGUUUAUUAAUCUCCAAGCAAUUUUUUGGGGGCCCACCACUCUAGCUUUACAAGGAUAUUGCAACCACCAUGCUUACAUUUUACAUUAUAAUAUAUGUAUGCCAUUCUUGAGUUUUCCACUCUGGAUCAGAUUUUGCAUCAGUUAGUUAAUUGUUGGUUUCAUUUUGUGCCAUAUGUUGUUUUUUGUUUUUAUUAUAUAUAAUUUUGUGUAACCUUGCAUGUGUGGUUCUUUCCUUCAGAUAUACAGAGCAUUCUCAGGCUGAUGAACAUGAAAUGGAAUGGGGAACGCAGCAACAUUCUCCAGAAUUUGGGGCAACCCCUGCAAGAAUUGAGAACCGCACAGAAACCGACACAAAUUCUACAUUUCUCCUUCUUGGUACAAAGAAUAAGCUAAAGUUUCCAUAUUACAGCAGAACAUCUGACUCCUCAGGACAAAAAUCAAGGGCAGAUGAUUUCACCUCGAUGGCGCCUGUGUGCCAUGCUACAGAAAAUGAUUCUGUAAUUAGCCACUGUUCAGGCAGCAGGCAGGUUGCCUUGAAACGCAAUCCAACUGAUUCCAUUAUUGGUGUUAUCAGCACAAAUGAUGGUGUGAUUGCAAAGGACAAUUUUGACCGUGAACUUUAUAUUCAGAAUGGAAACCGAUGUUCUAAAAGGAGGAAAGCUGAAAAUGAUGUCAGAUGUGACAUGUCAGCCAAUAAGGAAAAUAAUGGACGUUGUAAAAGUACCGCUGUGGACAAACCUCUGGAUCUGUCAGAUCGUUUCUCGGGGUUGCACUCUCAGGAAGGUGGUCAAGACAACGUUGGUACCAAUACAAUGCAAUUUAAUUCACAGGAAUCCUUAAAGUUGGGAUCCAAAAAGCAUUCUAGCGUCAGGAGUUUUCUCGGUAACUCAGUAAUACACCCAAGCAUGAGAGCGGACCCUCAUCAGCAAGAGCCACAAAGGAAGACUCUUGGUUCAAGUAAAGGAGACCUAUGUCAGGAAAGUAAGGAAGAGACUGAUGAUAACCCACUUUUUGAAGACUUGGAGGUAGACUUUUCUGUACUUGUUAACUGUGUGCAUGAACAUUUAAUUUUAGAGCACAAAAUGUGUUGAUACCCAAUAUAUAUAAUAUUCAUUGGUUUCUCCUCUCCCCCUGACUAAAUCUAUACUGAACAUUGCCGGAACUCUUUGAAUUUCUAAUACACUUCCUUUGAUUGCAUGGAAACAAAUGCAUUGCUAAUUGCAUUGUUACCCUCCCAGUUUUCGGGUACACCAUAACCUCUCAUUCUAAAAAUAAUAUAAAAUGAGGCUUCAGUAAUUUUUGUAGGCUUCUGCUUAAGAUUUUCUACCACAGACCUCAACUUAAUAUUUUUGGAUAAGAUUUUCAAAUGAUUUAAUAUUUUCGGAUAGGGAUCGACCGAUAUUGAUUUUUUUAAGAGCAGAUACCGAUAAUUUGUGAACUUUCAAGCCGCUUACCGAUAUUCUGUACAUUUACCAUUUAAAAAAAAAAGAAAUUAUUUCUACACAAAUCUACUGUUAACUGAACAUGUUAAUUUAUUUUUUUGCAAAUCUUUUUUUAUUAAGGUAAAUGCACAUAAUAUACACGCCAGUCAGAAUUGUUUGUUUUCAAGAACAUAUGGGUAUGUAGUAGAUGCAGUGAGAGUAUUUGAUUAGUGAAUGCAGUGUGUGUGUGUGUGUGUGUGUGUGUGUGUGUGUGUGUGUGUGUGUGUGUGUAUAGUGAGGGCAUUUGUAUUUAUUUUUUACUUACAUUUUUUUAAAAUAUUUUUACAUCUUGUUUUAGUCCCCCCUCACUGCUUCUGACCGGGUCAGGGAGGGGGGAUAUGGCAUUCCCUGGGGCGCCCAGCACACUCUUACUUGUCUUCCCAGCCGCUCCCUUCAGCUCCUCUGUCUAACUCUCUCGUGGCCUGUGUGCCAUGUGGAUCGUUGCCAUAGUAACCCGUGGCAACGCUCUGACAGUCGUGGGACUUGCGAUAGUUAGUUAGACGGGGAGCUGCUGGGAAGAAAAAUAAGUGUGCUGGGCCCCCCAGGACCCUGAUGGCAGCCCUGGUCGGCAAUAUUGGUAUCUUUUAUUUACUGAUAUUACUGAAAAUACAGAAUCUCGGCUGAUAAUAAUCGGCCAGACUUUUGAAAAUGAUAGAGAUAUAUAUAUAUAUAUAUAUAUAUAUAUAUAUAUAUAUAUAUAUAUAUAUAUAAAUAAUUUAUUAAAUCAUUUUAAGUAUUUUCAAAAGCUUAUCCAAAAAUUAAAACAAAGCCAUAAUUCUUGUCUUAAGCCAAUAGUGUCUAACUUCUGCACUUUGGAUUUAAAAAAAGACUAUUUGAACAUCAUGUCAGAUUUAGUUAGCACACAUUUGAGAUUAGACAUCACAGCAGUAAAGUCACUCCAAUAUUUUCGCUUGCUAAUUUUUUUUUUUUAUCUGCUUCCAGCACAUAAAAUGCAAAAACUGACUGUUCACUGCCUAAUAUAUCCCACCCUUGACAAUUGCCAUUGUAACAAUAUAAUCAAUGUUAUUCACUUCAACAGUCAGUAGUUUUAAUGUCUUUGCUGAUCAAUCUACAGUUGAGCAGUUCUAAAAAGUUUAAUAUCAGCACCAGCACGUUAGACAUUUAUUCAGUGACCUCUUCAACAAAGCAGUGGAGUUCAACAUGGCCCCCAAGCCAUCAAUUUGCGCUAAUUAACCCCAGCCAUUAUUCCAAGCCAUACAUCUACGCCCAUUAGCCCUAGCCUUACAUCCACAUCCAUUAGCCCAGGGCAUCCAUAAUACUGAUUAGUCCCAGGUAACCUUCAACACCCAUUAAUCUCAGACACCCAUCAAACCCAGCCAUCCAACAUAAGUUUCAAAAUGUCUGGCAGACUUUAUCUACCAGUGCCUCCAACUCAGCUUCAUUGAAUUUAUCCUUUGUUUAAUUGCUACUCCCAAUAUUGCAAUAGCAGGCCGCCAUUCUUUUCAUAUAGGAGUUAAUUGCUGAUCGGCUUUUUAAAACAGUUGCCAAUAUGCACACUCAUUUUUGAGCAGUAAGCAAGCCAACAACAUGGACAGGUCAUGCAAAAAUGUAUUUACUGCAAGAUGUAAACUGCCAAAUAUACCCCAUGCAAUUAAAAAAGAAGGCGAAACAGAAAUGGAUAUAAUUAUGGCUGAAAGCUUCAACUAGAAGUUGUUAGUUUUAAUUCAUCAUUUAAAAAAAAUGCAAAUCUAACCCUCAAAGAUAAUUUUGUGUCUUUUAUUAAAAUAUAGUAAUUGUGUUAUGUAAUCCUAAACCUACAACUUCAUUUUGCAUAGGUUUCCACCUGGGGAUGUGAAUAAAUAAGAAUUGGAAAACCAACCUAGUUAUGUCACAAAUUAUUACUGAAUGAAAGUAAAAUCAGUAGUCUGAUUUAAGUGCCAAUCAAACUAUUAUCUGUACAAGAAAUUAAUUCCAAUAAUAAAAAUAACCAACAAUUGUGUUCGGACUGUAACUUGCAUAUUACAUGCGUUCUUUACCCAGUGCUUAAGAAAUUGUUGGUUCUCAAAAUCUGUAAGCUUUUAAUUUUAAUCCCUUAACAACGUUAGGGCAUUCUACAUAAAGUGAGCUUUAAAGCCUGUGAGGCAGCAGAGAAUGCCAUCUGUAUUUGGUUACAUCCCUCUUUACACCAGUGUGUAUAUAUCUAUCUCAUUCAACAGGGUUCUUUGAGGUGUGUGUAUGUAUGUGUGUAUGUAUGUGUGUGUGUGUGUGUGUGUGUGUGUAUGUAUAUGUGUGUGUGUGUAUGUAUGUGUGUGUGUAUGUGUAUAUGUAUAUAUAUAUAUAUAUAUAUAUAUAUAUAUAUAUAUAUAUAUAUAUAUAUAUAUAUAUAUAUAUAUAUAUAUAUAUAUAUAUACACACACAUAUAAUAGUGAUCCUUGUUUGCAGAUAGCACGGUCCUCUAGGGUAAACAGGCACAGUCCUUUUAUUUGCAUAUAAUCCAGGCACUUUAUUUGUAAGUCCACACAGGAGACCGCAGCAAAUGAAAACAUAACUAUAAUACAAAUCCCUAUAAACAAAAACCUAGCUCGUCUGAGCACUUACUAACUUCAGGUUCCCUAUCUCUCAGAGCUUAAACUAGAAAAAACAAUAUUGGUUUCACCAACCUAGUGUCUUUGUCAGCUCUCUGCACUCCAGUGCUUAGUCAGCCUGUGGCUUUCCUUUCUGCACUCCCAGUGCUCCAAGCCAGCCUUAACUGCUUUCCUUUCUGCACUCCCAGUGCUCCAAGCCAGCCUUGACUGCUUCCUUCUGCACUCCCAGUGCUCCAAGCCAGCCUUAACUGCUUUCCUUCUCAAUCUCCUUGACUCUCUCACUGGAGAGAACAGCCUCUCUCCUACCUGCUUCCAGGGAGGAAGCCAGCAAUCCCUCUUUACCUGCCUAGCAGGGAGGGGUUUAUUCCAACUGCUACAGCUGAUUAUCUGCAGCUGAGCAGUGGGUUGAAGACCGUUUCAAAAAACUCUUGCCUGGACCUUAUUUCUCCCAGUUGUGUAUAAACUGAGGAGUGGAGCAUUGGCCCACCCUGCUCUCCAAAUGCUCCACCCCAGGGGCCCAUAACUAAAUGUAGCUUUGUGUUUCACACCACACAUAAAACACGUACUUCCCCUGGGAUUAAAUGUUAAAGGCCUCUAUGCCUUCACUUUAUCACUAUAUAUAUAUAUAUAUACACACACACACACACUGUAGGAUGAUAUAUAAUAUCUAUGGGGGCACUUGAAGAGAAACCCUUAAGUAACAGUUGAAAAACUUGUAGCUGAAAUUCAAGUUUUUAUUUUAGUUCAGAGUGUGGAAAAUUUCCUCCUUCCUUCAGGGGUUAAUAAAGCAAACAGUAUUUUCAGGAUCCUAUAAUCUGUAAUAUUAGUCACAUGACUAUAAUGUCCGUAACAUUUUUCAGGCCAGAAGCCCCCACAAACCAAGAAGAAAAGGGAAAUUACUGCACAGAGCCUGUGAGCCAGCAUCUGUUCUUCAACCGAAUCCACACUUGGCACAGGCAAAAGGCGCUGCCGUGAAUACCGAGACAGGUAAAAUAUGAAGGUGUUCAAGGAAAUUAUUUUCUGUUAUGCUGUGCUAAAAAUUUAUCAUUCAAACAUAUUUUAAUGUACAAUUCUGUACAACCCUUUGUAAGGUCACAAUACACAACACAUUGAAUGGGGAAAUGAUUGGCAAAAUGCAUACAUAAAAAUCACAUUAAGGGGGUGGAGCCAAGCUACUGAACAGACCAGACGUGUGUUGCGAGAGUUCCGCGUCUGGCACCUUAAAAUCGACUGAAACACAGAGCCUCAACUUACCUGGACGCAAAGUAACACUAAGUGUGUUACUCUAACGCUGGUGGUUCCGGGGAUACCUUUUGUGGGCUUCUCCACCACCGAGAACCCUGACUUGUGGCUUUGCGGCCUACCAGCGACCGGGCUAAGGAGAGACAGCCGCUCUCCUACUGCUCAGACUGGCAUAGAGAAAACUGAAUGUUACGGCAUCUUGUUCUCUGGAGGUUGAUUUGGCAGCGUUUUCUGAUCGAGUUAUCUCUGAUACAGCCGUUUAGGUGGGAUCUCCAUUGUUUUAGUUAACAACCCUCUGCCAGGGGUCUGUGGAUAAAUAUGUAAAUUUAAACCAAAUAAAGUCUCUUUUGUUUUCACCCUUCAUCAAGUCGAGGCUGAUAUUUGAGUGUGUGUGUAAAUGUGCAGGUGAUUCACCAAAAUGAGAGAAUUUGGAGUGUAUUACUAGGCAUAUUGGUAAAAUGUAUUGUGUAUUGUGAAAUCUAAGGCUUAACUUUUAUUUAUACAUGGGGAAUGUAACGGAUCGCCUGGCACCCCGACUGGGUACCUCCGUUGAAGGAUGCUCCUAGCGUUUCCUGAGGACUCCAAGCACUCUGGCAGACACCACAAUCACCGAACCGGAAAAGCGUAUUCCUUCUCUCAAGCAUAUGAAUGCUGUAGACAGUUGAAUAGGAACCAUACGAAUAGGUUUACUCUCCUAGCAGUCAAACUGGAACAGCAUAUAAUAAAUCCUUCCCCCAAUAAUGAGACGACACUUCACUUUGAGGGUUAAAACAGGAACUCACUGUAAUGGCCACACACUGGCUUUUAUGCAAGUCCCCAUGCAAGGGGACAUCCCACAGGGUGGGACACAGUACAACCAAUCGUUACAGGGGAACCAUAAAACACACCCACAUUUACAUCACAAUCCCUCCUCUCUGUCCAGGAGAUAAGUGUGAAGUAAUCCAAUUAUCUCCCAGGACAGAGGCAAGACUCCAUUAACCACAUGGCAGUAACAAUACAAUAAAAGACAUAAAAUUACAUACAGUUACAUUUAUUCCAUAAAACAUAGACAUUCUACAUAUUCCCAGAUAGCUUAGAUCUGAGUGCACAUUACUACCGAAUGGCGCUCAGAUCACAUAAAUACAGUUCAAUCGCCAUGGAGCCAAAGUCUUUCAUACAGUCUUUCAGUAUACGGCUGGGCUCCAUGGCAUAGCUAUCUGGGGUAGCAUGGCUUUAACAGUCUACAGAAAGGCAUGAAUACGCUUUGCAGGGAAAAUAAAAGGUUUUAACUGCCGGGCCAUAGUCUAAAGGGAGCAGGCGAGCAACCAGGCUCCUCCAGUGGACAGUGGCGAGGCUGGUUUCGCCACAUUUCUCCCCUUUACCAUCCAGACUAACAGGGUAUCUGACCUCCUGUCGGUCAGUGCCCUGGUUAGUCCAGCAACCCACCCACGAAGCACAAACAGCAGUACCUCCCACCCACAAUAAAUGUUUACCCCACCUGGAUAAAGUAGCAGCUUGUCCAGGUCCAGGUUCCUCACCACGGCUGUGCGGGGAGCUGGUAGACUGCCUUGGUGGGUUGCUGAGUGGGCAGAGACCAGCGGUACUCUGCCCUGGUGCCAGCGCUACCACUGAAGUAGCCUGGUUGGAGCCUGGUUGUGGGAGGGGGAGACCGACCGUCUCCCCUCUGGGUACAUAGCUCUGGGGCUGGGGGACAGGACCGACCGUCCCUACCUCUUGAGCUGCAAGUGCAAAGACUACGGUCCCAUCUGCACUGUUGGGAGGUGUAACAUCUCCCCUUGGUGGGUUAGGCUGCCGCUGGAGAGAGGGUGUAACAAGCUCCUCUCUCUGAACUGUAACCUGCCGCUGGGGAGAGGGGGUAGCAGGCUCCUCUCCCUGACACUCUCUCUGCUGGUGGUGAGGGGGACCAGCUGUCUCCCCUUUCAAUAUUUUGUCCUGCUGCUGGGGUGCGAGACUGACGGUCUCUGCUCCCUGCAGGACACUCUGCCGCUGGGGAGGAAGGACGACACCUUCAGCUCCCUGGGAUACAAUCUGCCACUGGGGAGGAAGGAUGACACCUUCAGCUCCCUGGGACUCACUUGACCGCUGGGGAGAGGGACCAACUGUCUCCUCUCCUAAGAACACACACUGCCGCUGGGGAGGAAGGACGACACCUUCAGCUCCCUGGGAUACACACUGCUGCUGGGGAGGAAGGACUGCACCUUCAGCUCCCUGGGAUACACACUGCCGCUGGGGAGGAAGGACUGCACCUUCAGCUCCCUGGGAUACACACUGCCGCUGGGGAGGAAGGACUGCACCUUCAGCUCCCUGGGAUACACACUGCCGCUGGGGAGGAAGGACUGCACCUUCAGCUCCCUGGGAUACACACUGCCGCUGGGGAGGAAGGACUGCACCUUCAGCUCCCUGGGACUUACUCUGCCGCUGGGGAGGAAGGACGACACCUUCAGCUCCCUGGGGUACACCUUUGAGUCCCCGUAACGCACUCUGCCACCGGAUAGGGCGGCCGAUACCUUUGGCUGGAUCUGCCAUGAACUGCAGGUACUCGUCUACCUGGCUCCUUACGAGCUGCACGUAUUUCUCCGGGGGGUUGGGUCCAAAGAAAGCCAGCCGCAUGGUAAACUCUCUGUCAUACUGCUCCUGAGUGUAGCUGGGUGCCAUGCUUGCGCUGCUGAAGUUGGUUCUUUUGUAGAUAGGGUCGCUGUACGGGUACUGGCGUUGCCCUCAAUUUGUAAUCCAGGAACUGGUGUUGUAUUAUAGCUGUCCUUCUGGGCUGUGGAAAUGAUCCCGUCGCUUGCCACCAAUGUAACGGAUCACCUGGCACCCGACUGGGUACCUCCGUUGAAGGAUGCUCCUAGCGCUUCCUGAGGACUCCAAGCACUCUGGCAGACACCACAAUCACCGAACCGGAGAAACAAAUAAAUUCUCCCAAGCAUAUGAAUGCUGUAGACAGUUGAAUAGGAACCAUACGAAUAGGUUUACUCUCCUAGCAGUCAAACUGGAACAGCAUACAAUAAAUCCUUCCCCCAAUAAUGAGACGACACUUCACUUUGAGGGUUAAAACAGGAACUCACUGUAAUGGCCACACACUGGCUUUUAUGCAAGUCCCCAUGCAAGGGGACAUCCCACAGGGUGGGACACAGUACAACCAAUCGUUACAGGGGAACCAUAAAACACACCCACAUUUACAUCACAAUCCCUCCUCUCUGUCCAGGAGAUAAGUGUGAAGUAAUCCAAUUAUCUCCCAGGACAGAGGCAAGACUCCAUUAACCACAUGGCAGUAACAAUACAAUAAAAGACAUAAAAUUACAUACAGUUACAUUUAUUCCAUAAAACAUAGACAUUCUACAUAUUCCCAGAUAGCUUAGAUCUGAGUGCACAUUACUACCGAAUGGCGCUCAGAUCACAUAAAUACAGUUCAAUCGCCAUGGAGCCAAAGUCUUUCAUACAGUCUUUCAGUAUACGGCUGGGCUCCAUGGCAUAGCUAUCUGGGGUAGCAUGGCUUUAACAGUCUACAGAAAGGCAUGAAUACGCUUUGCAGGGAAAAUAAAAGGUUUUAACUGCCGGGCCAUAGUCUAAAGGGAGCAGGCGAGCAACCAGGCUCCUCCAGUGGACAGUGGCGAGGCUGGUUUUGCCACAGGGAAAAAUAGCAUAUUAGCUUAGUAAUGAUGCAUGUACACACAAUUAUAAAUACUCUGUGAAAACCGGAGCCAAAAGAGAGAAGAAAUAAUACUGUGGGGGAAAAAAAGUGCAAUAAAAAAAAUUCUGUUGGCACUAAUUAUCAAAACUCCCAAGUAUAACUAGAUGUAAGAAAUAGCAGUCCCAAGUUUCUAAAUGAUAUGGUUAGUAGAAUAAAUUGUAGAUAUUUAGUCUGUGCCUUUGGGAGCACCUAUUACUAAUAAAGAAACUUUCCAUCUAUCUAUAGUUGUAGCGACUCCUUAUACCAGUAUAGUCCACAUCCUUCCACACUACUAAUUAAAAUGCUAGAAAUCGAAAUAAAGCGGAUCCUAUCUAAAUAGAUUGAAUAUAAAUAGGUGCUGCUGGCUCUCCAGCAGCCCGCACAAUACACCUACUUAUCUCCUUACCCAAAGCCCAUCCAACUCCACACCUGCCCAAUCUUAAUCCUGAGGCUGAAUGGAGUCUAUCAAUGCCAUUCUUCCAGGCUCCGAAACAGCCCAGACAGCGGCACAAGACUGGCCUUCCACGCAUCACCGCUGCUCAGCCUCGAGGCCUUGCUCGGCGGACCGGGUGAGUUGCGAACACCCACAGCGAAACAUGCCUAACACCUUCUCCGGCACACCAACAAUGAGCAAACGCACACAGAAAACUGCCACUACCACACCCGGAUGGGACAUGAGGAGAUGCUUAAGAGGCCAGCACAACUUGAGCCUACACGGGCAGAGCACCCAACGGACCCCAUUUCCUCCAGGGGCCCGUACUACAAGGGACCAAGUAUCUCAGAGACCACCCAAGCAGACCUAAUCUUACCUUCCCACUCCCCUGACAACUCCGAUCCGACCACCAAGUGAGAUCUAAAGAUCCUACUUGCCGAUAUAAACAAACUACUGGCAGCUGAUGUCACUAAGAUUAAUAGGGACAUACAACAAGUGACAGAACGAGUCAAACGAGCAGAAGAACACACUGAUGUUCAAACGACCAUUACCACCCUCCAGGACUCGGUGAUGCACCUCAAGCUGAACAACACGUGUUAGCCGCCCAAAUGAUGUCCCUAGAGGACAUCGCAGAACACACUUUAAAAUACGGGGAUUACCCGCCACAGUCUCAACUGAAUAAUUGCAGCACUAUACUAGGCGCUUGCUAUCUACAAUCUUGUCACAUGCAACAGUCAAAAAAAAUUGUUCUGGAUGGGAUUUAUCGCAUAACCAGCACAGGGGGCACUCAAACCACAGUGGCGAGAGAUAUCCUACUACGCUACGUGACUGCGCUCGACAAGAUACAAAUCACGAUGGCCCUGAAGGGCAAAACACAAGUGGCUUUUGAAAACUCCCAGCUAACGUUCUUUCAAAACCUCACCAGAGCCACCUUAAUUCGUGUGUUUUAACUGUUACUUGGUUGGACCUACUAUACAGUUGUUUCCUAUGUAUGAACAAACUUGAAGCAUUGUCUAAGUUUGUUAUACCUGAUACUUUUUCCAAUCACUACAAGCACAGAAAAUAAAGAAUAAAAAAAAAAAAAAGUGAUGCUUCUUCCUGCAGCCUUCUAGUGACUAUUUGAGGAUAACACUGAGCCCCUGAUGCGUGCGUUUCGCCACCAGGCUCAUCAGAGGGGGAGCUGGCUUUUGUACAUGGCCGGUAUAAGUAGGAGGGAAAUGUUCCUGAUUGGUCCAAUAUUUCGAAUUGCUAGUAUUUGAAUUAAUGGUGUGGAAGGAUGCGAUCUAUAUUGGUAUUAGUCGCCGCUACAUAUAUAGAUAGGUGCCCUGGAAGUCACAGAAAGGAGAAGUGUAUGUAUGUGUCAGUGAGUGUAUCUAAGUGUGUGUGUAUCUCUGUGUCAGUGUCCAUAUCUGUGUGUCAUUGAGUGUAUCUAUGUGUCAAGGUGUCUGCAUGUAUGAGUGUAAAUAGUUGUAAUAUGUAAAUAGUCGUGUUCUGUCAUAAUAAAAUAUCAUGCCCUUGUUUGUGCAUGUUUGGCAGUGUGUAUGUGUGCAUUUUGUGGCGCGCAUGUGUGUGGGGGUGCACGCAUGGAGGGUGCAGUUGCUGGUGAAGCCACCUCCCUGAAAUGAGCUUUUGCAUGUUGGGAUGUCUACUCAUGCAAUGCGCAGUACAGUGACGGAGACCCUGAUCUGCCCAUUUUGUCUGUCAGUUUUGGUUGCAUUGUUCUAUGGAGUGUACCUUGAACUUUAAUACCGCUCCCUUCUAUUUUGUCAAGGGUUAAAAAAAAAAAAAAAAACGAUUUAACUUUCCUCUGUUUAGCUGUAAUCCUCCUCAUGUGAAGUCAUCAUUACUGAUGACUUGUGUCUAUUUAGAUGCGUCUCAUAGAAAACCAUUCGGACACAGACAAUCUUCUCAUAGGGAAGUAUGGAAACUAAUGAUUCUCUAUAAGAGAUACUCACUCCCACUUUGAACCAUAGUUCAAAGACGAGUGAGGUCAGAAACCAUCCUAGCUGUCUGGCAGCCAGGAGGUGUUACUAAAGGGAUUCAAAAAAGUGCAGAUUUCUCUGGAAAUCUACACUUUUACCAAAAAAAAGUCUAUGGAGACAUGCAGCUAACCCUGAAGUUCUUUAGAGGACUUCUGUGUCCCUUGCAAAAUAAAUGAUCAUGUAAUAUAUAUAUGUAAUAUAUAUAUAUAUUCUCGUAUAAAUCAUGUGAUCGUUGUGUAAAUGUUCCGUGACGGGAACAGCGUCUCUUCCCCCAUGAGUAUCUUGUUACGCUGAGCAGACUUUGAUAAGGUUGAAGAGAAAUGGCUGCAUGUCAGCAUUUUGGACUCAUUCCACACUGCAUGAACAUUGCCCUAUAUCCUCUUUUACUCUGGGUUAACUCUUAGUUGUCAGAGAUAGCUAGCGUAUUGAGAGGUAAUACUCCAUGAAGCUAUAUGUUCAAUUGCAUCGUAUGGGCUGGUUUGUCAGGGUUGUUUUGGGGUUUUUGGGGGAUAUGUGGUUGUCUUUCAUUAAUAUGGUAAUAUUUUAAAUGUUUUGAUUAUUUUAUUUAUUUUUUUAACUAAACUUUAAAUCAUAAUGAAAAAUUUAAUUUAAAAAUAGCAUUUUAGGACACAGUACAAAAAUAGGAAUAGAACAAAAUAGGAAUAUAGCUGCUUUGUUAUGUAUUUAUUUAUAAUUUAUUUUAUAAAACCCUGUUUUGCUCUCAAUUUUGAAAUGUGAUUCUCCAAUCUCCUUAAUUCAGUGCGUUGGAUCUAUUUAGAGGUGGAAAAUGUCUAGUUAUGUUACUAGAUAUAAAUUAAGGAAAUAAUGUAUAAUGCGCUUUGGUUACUAUUUUGUAGGCACCCAGUCUUUGGAUAACAUGCCAUGGAGCAUUGAUCCAGGGGCAGAUCUUUCUCAGUACAAAAUGGAUGUUACAAUGAUAGACACCAAGGUAAUAACAUAAUUUAUAAGACAAUCUUACUAAAAUAAUAGCAUUGUCAGGUGUAUAGAUGACUUUCAGGUUGUGUCAUUUACUUUAUAUUUUUAUUUAUUUUUCAGUAUGAGAGUACGGCAAAGGCAGAUCCAGAGGAUAUGGACUAUACCUAUGUCAGUGACAGUAUUUUGUUAAAGAUGAGAAAACAAGAGCUAGCUAAAAGUGACUCUCAGGGUAAGAACACCACACUUGAUUAAUUUCUUAACAACUCGGAGUUAGGUUGAUGACUGGCAUGUCACAUUUAACAGGUUAUAUGGCUGAUGCCAUGACUGCAAUUAUUUCAAGAGCAGGCAAAUCUUUAAGUUAAUAAUAAAAAAAAAGAGUUGCUUUAAUUUUGGAAAUGGUUGACUUAAAGAUUAAAUGUUGCUGCAAACUGGAAGAUCCAGACAUGAACACAUAUAGUCAAGUCCAAAGUGGCAAAUUUUGUCUCGGGUGUAAACCAUGGAAAAGUCAUGCAAAUCUCACAUGCAUCUAUACAGCCAUAGCCACACUUCCCUUUUACCUCCUUAAAAAAAAUCAGGCUACAUUUUAUAGCUUCCCUUAUUGCACAGUGUAAUUUUGAAUUGCUAAUUUUCUGCUCUGUUAAUAGCAUGCUAGAGCCUGCAACAGCCUCACAUGUAUGGUUAACGUUCAAGUAGCAGGAGACAGAAUUCUAAAGUAAAUACACUGCGCUGUAAUUACUGAAAAUGAAACCAUUUUCAUAGAGGAUGUGUCUGUCACAGCCAGGAGAGGUAUGGCUUGUUCUGCACAAAAAAAGUAAUUUUACUUCUAAAUGUCAGAGAAUUGAGCAGGGGCAUGAUCUAUACACCAAAUUUGCUUUAUUAAGCUAUGGUUGUUUUGGUGUUUAGAGGCCUUUAAAGCAAGUGCAUUUUAUUUUUACUCUUCAUUAAGCUUUAGAUUUAGCAAAUUCAUUUUUUCGCCAACAGAAGAAAGCAAAGAGAAUGACAGUUUUGGGGAAAUGUUUGAUAAGACCGAGCACGGGGAGUAUAUUUCCUAUGUUCAAGAGAAGAGCCCUUCCCAGAGACUUGACAGUGAGGAAGAAGAUGGUGGUGGAGAUGUAUCAAAGGAAAGAGGUGGGUAUCCUAUAUUACAAUAGAUUAAAAGAUUUAAUAGGAACUACACUGUUUCUUAUAUAAAUUGUUAUGGAACAAGUUAUUGUGUAGGCAUCAGUAUAGUUGCAAAUUAAAUAAUCUAAUUUAUAACCAUACAUAAGGCUCAUAAGCAGAACAUAAAGCAAUAUACACGUAUGAACUGAUUUUGUAGAUGCCUUAAAGAAUAUUUAAAAUAAAGAGUUAUUAACUAAAUUGAGAUUUCAAAUUUAAUAUAUAAUUAAAUCUGUAUUCAUAACAUCUAAUGCCCCUGCCCUACCGUUGCUGUGCUAAAAACAUAAAGGAGAGAAAAAAGGUUUUACUGACCUUUUUCAGUGCCUAGGUCCAUUGGCGUUGCCUUCCUCUACGCCUCCCAAGACAUAGCUUCCUAUGACAUGGUCCAAUCCAAAGCUUUCUAGGGAGGUUUCCGUGUCAGGUGUCUGAGUAUUACUCGGUCAGUGCAGCGGAAGCGUCUCCACUGGCUCUCGAUGAAACAGCCACUGGAGGUGUUUUAACCCUUCCAGGUAAACAUUGCUGUUUGUGCAAAAUAAUGUAGAACUAAGUUACUCAAAGGGGUUUAUCAGUUAAACAGGGUUGUAGACAUAAUCUCUAAUUCAACAAUUUUGGCAACAAAUUUGCAGUGUAGUGCUCAAUUCAAUUUAGUGAAUAAUCCCAAAAUGUUUGCUAAAGUGUCCUGUUUAAUAUACUGUUUUGAGUCUCUUAUUGUUUUACAUGAUUGUAUGUUGUGUUGAUCUUCAUUCUUGGGAUCACUGUAUUUGCAGAGAAUGAUGUUAAAGGGGAGGUCUACCAGAAGCAGAAGGCAUUUGUUGAGCCUUAUAUGCAAAAUGCUGACAGGUAAGAAGAUCCCAGCAGGUAACACCCUACACACAUCGUUACAUAGCUGAAAAGAGACUUGUGUCCAUCAAGUUCAACCUUCCCCACAUCUUUUUUUUGCUGUUGAUCCAAAAGAAGGCAAAAGACCCAGUCUGAAGCGCUUUCAAUUUUACAACAAACUAGGAAAAAAAAUCUUCUUGACCCCAAAAUGGCAGUCUCAUAUCUCCUUGGAUCAAUUACCCCAUUAUUUAGAAAUUAUAUUGCUGUAUGCUAUGCUUUUGGAAGUAUUUAUCCAAUUGAUGUUUAACCCCUUCCCACGUAUGUCCGACAAAAAAAGUCCGCUAACGACCUCGGACGUACCUGGUAAUAGUAAAUCCCCACUUACUUGAUCGCUGGCAAUCGCGAUCUGGCUCUUCCGGGCCAAGUGAUCGCUGGGUCCUCGCAAUCACAUGGCCGGUAUAGCCGGCUUGUGCAGUGCCUGCAGAGGGCCUGCCUGAGCUCUCUGGCUCUCCCCCUCAUGCCUCGUGUAUGUGUGUGUGUAUGUAUGUAUGUAUGUGUGUGUAUAUAUACACACCAAAAUGAUGAUGGCUGCACUCUGAUGUGCACACCUGUGUUGAGUCUUUCUAUUUUAUCUAUGAUAUAUAAGUUGAAUCAUUAUUUGUGUUGUAGUUUUUGUUUUUUCUGAUCCUGAAGAAAGCCCAGAUUGGGGCUGAAACGUUGAUCAUUUUUUUUAAUGCAUAUUUAAUAAAGCAUUUUGCAUUUUUUAUACAAAGAAGACCAAAGAGUGCAGCCAUCAUCAUUUUGGUUUCUAUAUCUACUUUGCCAGUUGGCUUAUGCACCCGCCAAUAUUAAGGAUUACGUGAGUGCAAGGAAUCUUUUCUAGAGAGAGAGAUAUAGAUAGAGAGAUAUAUAUAGAUAGAGAUAUAUAUAUAUAUAUAUAUAUAUAUAUAUAUAUAUAUAUAUAUAUAUCACCACACUUAGUCUACCACACAAUAAUACUUCGACACACACACAUUACAAGCAUUUCAAUAUUGGACACACACACAGUUUAUUUUCACACACACACACACAUUACUAUUACACCCAUUAAUAGGCAUCUUCACACACACACACACACACACAUUAGCGCAUCUCUCAUUGACACACACACACAGCAACAAUGUCAUUACCUCACCCACACAGCACCCGUACACACACAUACACUUCAGUCUGUGUGUAUGUAUUCAGCAGUCUGUGUGUGUGUUCAGCUGACUGUGUGUGUGUGUGUUGACUGUGUGUGUGUGUUCAGCUGACUGUGUGUGUGUUCAGCUGACUGUGUGUGUUCAGCGGCUGUGUGUGUGUGUGUGUGUGUGUUCAGCUGACUGUGUGUGUGUGUGUGUGUGUGUUCAGCUGCCUGUGUGUGUGUGUGUGUGUUCAGCGGACUGUGUGUGUUCAGCGGACUGUGUAUGGGUGUUCAGCGGGCUGUGUGUGUGUGUGUGUUCAGCGGGCUGUGUGUGUGUGUGUGUUCAGCGGGCUGUGUGUGUGUGUUCAGCGGACUGUGUGUGUGUGUGUGUGUGUAUUGUUUGUAUGUAUGUAUGUACUGCAUUUGUUGGAGAUGCUACUAAAUAUAAGCUUAAUUUUAUCUAUUAUUUAUAUAAUGGUUUAAAAUGUAUCAUUGAAUUUGCUGUUGUGUUCUUUUAAAACAAAAGAUGUUAAUGAGUUCGGACAACUGUACGAGUUGUUUUUUUUCUAAACUUAACCUCAGUAUUAAGGUUUAAUUGCUGUGUUGGCACUUUGAGGAAAAUUAAGUUGGCAUUUAUUGCGAUUUGGGCACUCUGGCUCAAAAAAGUUUGCCAUCAAUGCCCUAGGGUGUCUACUUUUCAAACAUAUAUUGUGUGAUGGGGGUAAAUUACGUUGGCCAGCUUCAAAAAUGUCCCAAAUAGGACAUGGGUGCAUGAAGACCAGCUGUGAAAAUUCCAUGUUGGAAAACUGGAACGUACACCCUCAAAAUAAGGUCUUUUAGCCCCCAGAGAACCCGACACACCUAUACAUGGGUGGUAUCUCUGUAUUAGGGAGAUGUUGCUGAACACAUAUUGGGGUCUUCUUUGGCAGUAACCCUUAAAGUUCUCAGUACAUAUAUUCUUAAAUUGUGUCAAAGUCACCAAUUUUUUUUUUUUUUUUAAAUUUGGCAAAGAUUGGUGGUACAAUGGUUGCAUGAAAAGAGUCAAAAUACCCCAAGUUUAAUACCAAAGGUUGUCUUCUUUUAAAAAAUAUAUAAAUGUGAAUGGAUAUUCAGGGAUUUCUGACAGAUAUCAGUGUUACAAUGUAACUUAUUACGUUAAUUAAAAAAAAAAAAAAAUUGGUUUGAAAAUAGCAAGGUGCUACUUGUACUUACUGCCCUAUAACUUGCAAAAAAAGCUAAGAUCAUGUUAAAAUUGGGUAUUUCUAAACUCAGGACAAAAUUUUGAAACUACUUAGCGCAAGUGUUUUUUGGCGUUUGUAGAUACGGAACUGAUUUUGUUUUUGUUUUUACAUUUUUUCAUCAUAUAUUAUAAUUUUUUUUUAUAGUAAAUUAUAUGAUGAAAAUAAUGGUAUCUUUAGAAAUACCAUUUAAUGUCGAGAACAACGGUAAAGAAUAUGUGUGGGUACAGUAAAUAAGUAAGAGGAAAAUUACAGCUAAACAUAAGCCCAGCAGAAAUGUAAAAACAGCCCUGGUUUGGACCUGUGCUCUAAAAUCAAGAGUGAUGCCUGGUGCUUAUCUGGCAAAUUAUAAAAUCAAUAAGAUGGCAUUCUAUGACUUAAAAAAAAACAAAAACAAAAAAAAACUACCUUUAACACGGACAUUUUGAUAGAAUUUGUAUUUAAUCAGGGCCUGAAAACUGAAAUAGUUGCUUGCCACUGCAAGCCAUAGUACACUCUCCUGGGGUGAAUUUCUCCUAGCCAUUGGCAAGUGGAAAUUUUGAACCAUGCAUAUGUGUAUUUAAUAUUUUUUAUUGUAUGGUUACAUUUUAAAGCCUGGUUUGGCGCACACAGAGUCUUUUGUGAAUAAAUAAAUAAAAAAGGUGAAGCCAGGUUUGCUAAUUUUAGUAUAAUGGAGUAAUGUAUUACACAAAUCUAAACAACAAUUGUAAGCAUAGAUUACAAUAAUGGCAUUUAAUUUUUAUAAAAGGUUAUAUAAUCUUUUUUUUUUUUUUUUAUUGCAAAGGUACUUAGUGUAAAAUUUUACAGUGUUAAAGUAUGAUGGUAUAAAGUAGUAAAAAUAAAAUACUAUUUUGAAGAAAAUGAUGCAGAUCAAAGGCACUAAACAGUGUACUAAUGGCAGCUAUAAUAACAAAUGAGAAAAAUUAUUGGACGGCUUGAUCCAACGUGAAUUAAAACGGUCAUUGCUCCACCUGGUGGUAUUUUGUGGUAUGCACUAUCUUCAUAGCCACUCAUUCACUGCAUGCAUAAUUUCAGGAAGACGCCUGCUUUGGAUUAUCCUCACAUUGAGGUUGUACGUAACAAGGAAGAACGACGAAAAAUGCUUGGACAUACAUGCAAGGAGUGUGAAAUAGUAAGUACAUAUGCCAUUAUUAAAGAAUUGAUACGGUUUAUAAAGCAUUCAUAUGUCUUGUGUGCUUGUCAUAUUGGUCAACAUCUUUGUUUUAAAAAAAAAAAAAAAAUGACACUAACGGAAUUCUGCUUUCACUGAUGUAUGGAUAAGAACAUAAAUGUCCAAAUGACCCAAGGUCAAGAGUACACAGAAGGAUCUCUUAAUGAAUAAAAUGAUCAUAAAUAAUGUAUACCUUCAUUGGAAACAAAGAACUAGUAGGUACCUACUCUCCCCUCAUCCAACUGUCAAGCGACUGAGUUGGUAUUUUAUGUUUGUUUAUUUAUUUUUGUUGAUUUUUUUUUUUUAGUUCUUUGUUUCCAAUAAAGGUAUACAUUGUUUAUGAUAAUGUUAUUCAUUAAGGGUUCCUUCUGUGUCCUCUUGACUUUAGGACAUUUGGACAUUUUUGUACUUAUCCAUGUGUAAUUAAAGGGUUAACCCCUAAUUUCGGAUCCCUAUACACACCAUAUAAGUCUCUAUUAGGGAUUUUUUUUUGUCUGUCUAGUUUCACUGAUGUAGUAUGAUUUAAAAUACACAUCUACAAAACUUAGAUGCACAAAAGGAUAACUGUCAUCACUUUUUAUUAUUUAAAAUGAACGAGCACAUGUAUUAAAAGUCCUGUGUCUAUAUUAUGUAAUGAAUACAUACAAGUAAACUCUUAAUUUAUUUUAUUUCAUUUCCAAGCUGAGCCUUGUCCCGUGGGGCAGUCACGUGUAAGGGACAAUGCCCAAUGGCUACAGAAAACUUGAUAUUUAUUUAUAGACAGGAGGCUCAUAUCAUGCCUUUAACUUUCUUUACUACUCACAGCAUCAAAAGUGUUAAUAACAAGAUCGGUACAAGCAAAGAAAAAAAAAUACCACAACCAAACAUGUACAGGCAAGCUCCUUGAGCAAAAAAAAAAAAAAGGGAUCGAUGAAACUUUGAAUCCAACUUAUAACUCAAAAUAGAAUAAGGGUGUUCUUUUAAACUGUGAAGAGAGAAUCAAUAGGGUGAAUUAAUACCCGCCUCCUGUCUUUAAUAAAACUCAUAUUUUCUGUCGCCUAUAGCACUACCUUAGAUUAGUGGUUGAGCUGCAAAGGGUGCCAUCUUUGUUUCUUAUUUGUUUUUUGGCAAACAAUUUGUAUAUUGGUUAUGCUUAGACUGCACCUUUUAAUGAAAUGAAUGAGAGACAACUAGAAAUAUUAAUGACUGCUUUAUUUUCUGUAAUUCCAGUAUUAUGCUGAUCUACCAGAAGAAGAGAGAGCAAAGAAGCUGGCUUCCUGCUCCAGACACCGCUUCCGCUACAUCCCACCCAGCACCCCAGAGAAUUUUUGGGAAGUGGGUUUUCCACCCACUCAAAUAUGCAAAGAUAGAGGUAAGUAACAAUACAUAAUGCACCAAUUCCUUCAUAGCAAUCAACUAUUUAAAGGAACGUUCCAUUAAAAUUUGUUGUAGGUUUUUAAACAAUUCCGUAAAUAUACCCCAAAGAAAACAUGCAUGUUUUAUUCCAAGGCUUAUGAAAAAAAACAGCUUACAAAAUUUGCAGGCUUGCCGUCUGCAGCCUUUGGAAGCCAUUCACUCCUUCCCGAGCACAGACUGUGCCAGGGAAUACACCAAUCUAAUCUCAAUGAGAAGUCUCUGUACUGGAGCCGCAAGCCCACGCCAUCAGGCUAGCCCAGCAUCUGCCGCUUCUGUAAGCUCUUUGGUGCUAACAGAACAAACAUUUCCAGGCUGGCUAUCUGACUGCUAGGAAAGUGCUACUGCCCUAAUUAUAAAAGUUGUAUAAAGUCUUACAAAUAUGACAGACUCCAGACUUAUAAAGCACUUCAACAAGCUGUUCCUUUAAUGAUCCAAUUUUAAAAAGUAACUACCCACACAAGUAGUGACAGCAUGGCUGGUUAGCGUUGGCAUUGCUAAGUAUUAUAGUCCGUGUUGGAAUAGUGUCUGCACAGAUGAGAUUGUGAUGAUGCCAUAAAAUAUGUCUUGCUAUUCUUGGUCACGUGGCAAAUGGAUGUUCUAAAGCAAUUAUACUAUUUUGUUAUAAAGACGUGACAAUUUUUUUGUAAACUCACUGGAACACUACUAAAUGAUGCCUACUAAAACUAGUUAUUUAACCACUGUAUAAUACUUUCCGGAAUGUGAAUAUAUAUGUUGUGUUUGUAUGUGGAUACUUUAUAUAAAUCCUUUGGGGUUUUUUUUUUGUCUUUGUUUUAUCAUUUGUUAUUUUUAUCCUACAGGUUACAUUAAGGAAGAACUUUCUCCCUGCCAGCGUCCACGCAGAAGACAACCUUACAAUGCACUAUUCACUACCAAAGGGAAGGAACAGAAGAUAUAAAGUUUCAUAGCUUUUGGCAUCAUUUUUGUCUUUUUUUUUUUUUUUUUAUGAGAACUAGUUUGCACCCAAAAUGGAGUGAAAUUUCUUUGUACAAUCAGACUGGUCUGUAUUUAAACUUGCAGUAAGCUUCUGCAGGCAUAGUGCUGCAGUAGACACAGUGCAUAGUUUAUGAUUUUACGAGUGUUUCUCUGGCCUUGGGUGCAACUUUUAAACAUUUAAUAAUCAAAACCACAGUAGACUUUUAGCUGUACAACGGGAUAAUAAGUAAAUAUAUGUGUGAUUGUUGUCAGCCUCCCUAAAUAUAACGCUAAAAACAUUUGUUGAAAUGCUCUGGAGGGUAUAAUGUCAUCCUCUAACUGUGCUCAUUAAAUCUGCUAGCAAAUAUAUUGAUAAGGGUGUAUUAAAUGCCGAGCCCUGCACUUUAUAUAACAUGUAUUGGAGUGUAGGCUCCCACUGCUGUAUGCAUUCUUAUUAAUGACAGGGCACAGAGGCUUGACUACCACAAUGUAUAGACCAGAAAGCAAACUCAAUAAUUAUAUCAUCAUAAUUUAUGCAUUUGCCUACACUAAAUAUACAUUACAUUUUUUUACUUGCAUGAAAGGCGCCUUGUCACCAACAGAUUUUGUGGAUCCCCAAACAGCUUUUGCGGUCUUGCUGUGACACAUGGUUCUCUUUGUGGUGUUAAGCAGGAAUGCUGGUCAUCCUCAAGCAACUAAGACUUUCUGAGGAUAAUCUUAAUUGUAUAACAAGUAGAGGGUUUCGGUAGAGAGUAGUGGUAAAACAAUUAUUCAAAUACCUGAUUUAAAAAACUGCAGCAAUAAUAGUUUAAAAUAGGUUGAACAUUAAUACCCCAUCUCAUGUACUGUAUGCUCAGUCUCCUCAAAUAUUUAAUGCUACAUAAUCAGUGCUACAAUCAGUAGAAAAUCCCAGUUUAAAGUAUUGUAAAGCUGUGUAUAUGGUUCGUAUAGAUUAUACAGUACCUGGUAAAAGCUAGCUUUGUCCACUGUGCUACUGCACAUACCACUGUGCUCUUUUAAAACGGAGAAAUAGUUGUAUAUUUUUCCCAUUUCUGCGUGAAAAGCAGACUAUUGUAAAGUUUUAAUAUUUGUCUUGUGUCACUGCACCCAAAGCAUAUUUCUGGCCUUGUAUCAUGGGAGUCAGCCAGCAUUUAACUGGGAAUGGACUAUCUGAGUAUGGUGGGAGUUGUAGCAGGUUGAGGUAUGUGAAACUGCCUUUGGUAUAUGCAAAUGUUUACCACGUGGUCAUAAAGCGGCCAUAUGAUAUAAACCCAGUUUCAAUAUGCAGGUCUUUGUCCUGUAUUCCAUCUGGUUACAAGGUGGAGGUUUUAAAGAAAUCUGUUUGCCUUUGUCCAUUUAAAAUAUUAUUUCAGAAAUGUUCAUCUCUAUAUGUAAAAUCUUAUUGUUUUGCAUUAGCACCCUGUUAAUGUGCUGGAUGCUUUGUUUUGCACUGAAUAACUUUAAAAUAUAAAAUUGUGUUUCAGUUUAUAGUUGUAAUACCUAG